GCCCUGCUUGCUGGUUGCACCCGCGGCGACCACCUCCUCCGGUCAGCGGGUCUCUUCCACAAGCCACAGACGAAUUAACCCUCGACAAGUCACACACCCCGCCCGGCUCUGCGGAGCAAAAUGGUUCUCCUCGUGCGUCCUCGGCUGCAAAAUAGCAGCAGGAGCAGCAGCGGCAAGCGCGAGCCCGCCAGCUCCCGUUGCCAUGGGAGCCGCGCGGCGGGAGUCCCUGGAGAGCCCCGCUUUCCUGCCUCAGCAUUGACCGGCGCCAGGGGGGGAAAGGAGCUGCAUAGCCUUGCGCCAGAGCAGGCGAAGGAGGAGCUACCUGCAACGCUGGGCGAAAUCCCACAGCGGGCAGCGCUGCGUCCGUCUGUCCUUGCCGGAAGAAGGAGUCGUCGUCUGGGGGUCCCUCGAAGGCCGAACAGUUUUAUGGGGCCGGAGAGCUUUCGUGGGCUGCCCGAGACCCCACUUCUGAGGUGGCGGGUGGCGUCUUGCUCCUCCUAAAAUGGCCGACCUCUUUGGAACCCGCUUGCAUUGAUAAAAGGUCACUUGUGAUUUUUAGAAUUAAUCUCGCAAAUACCAGUGUGCCAUAGCCAUUAGAGCAGUGGUUUCCAACCUGUUUUUGGCCAUGCCCCACUUAAAAAGGUAAAGGGACCCCUGACCAUUAGGUCCAGUCGUGGCCGACUCUGGGGUUGCGGCGCUCAUCUCGCUUUAUUGGCUGAGGGAGCCGGCGUACAUCUUCUGAGCCAUGUGGCCAGCAUGACUAAGCUGCUUCUGGCAAACCAGAGCAGCACACGGAAACGCUAUUUACCUUACCGCCCGAGCGGUACCUAAUUAUCUACUUGCACAUUGACGUGCUUUCAAACUGCUAGGUUGGCAGGAGCAGGGACCGAGCAAAGGGAGCUCACCCCGUCGCGGGGAUUCGAACCGCCGACCUUCUGAUUGGCAAGUCCUAGGCUCUGUGGUUUAACCCACAGCGCCACCCGGGUCCCUAUGCCCCACUUAAGCAUCUCUAAAAUCCUGAUGCCCCCCCCCGCUCCCGUGACAUAUAAUUAAUAUUCAAAAAGUGAACUCCUAUUCAUGUGAAGGAAGCCUAAAAGGCCAUUAACGUGGUCUAACUCUUUCUCAAAUUGCCCCCCUUAAAAAUCAAAUUUCCCCCCUGUAGAGCACGUGCCCCACCUUGGGAACUACGGGGUUAGAGUGUUGGACUAGGACCUGGGAGACCUGGGUUUGAAUCCAGGCCAUGGAGCUCACCGUCACUGCCUCUCAGCCUAGCCUACCUCUCAGGGUGGUUGUGAGGAUUAAAUGAGGGCAAGGAGAACAACAUGCACCACCCUGAGCUCCUUGGAGAAGCUCCUGUGAUUCAGGAUAAGUGGGUGCCAUCAGAAUCUGCUCUCUAGGAACACACACUCUUGGGCCAAGGGUUAGGUGCUUGUUUGAACACAACAUGGUGUUUGGGCUCAAAAGGAAGCUCUGGCAUUAUUCACCUUGGCCUUUCCCCCUCCGAAACCUUGCAUGGUUUGCUGGGAAUACAUUUCAACAAUCAGGAAUCAUCCUGUGGCUAUGUAGCUUAAGUUAUACACAAAGGGGAGGUGGGGGAGAGAAACUUCACACGUUUUGUUUCUAAGAUUCAAAUCAGUGAUGGCGAACCUGUGGCCCAGACCAUUGGCCAUGCUGGCUGGGGCUGAUGGGCAGGGAGGGGCAGACUUUGGUAAUACGGUGCCUGAGCGAGGACAAAGUUUGCCCUUGCAAUACCUCUUAUUUUCACAGUUACAGGUAGGUAGCCGUGUUGGUCUGCUGUAGUCGAAACAAAAUUUAAAAAUCCUUCCAGUAACACCUAAGGUGCUACUGGAAGGAAUUUUUAAAUCUUAUUUUCACAUUAAUUCCUUUGGGAAUUACAGUUUUUUAAAUGGAUCUUCUCAGUUGGUAUCUAUAUAAAUAUAGGUGUUAUUAUUUUGCACCCCCUCAGCUUGGCACAUUGUGCAGGGGAAUUGCCUGCUCCACACUAAAUCUGGCACUGUGGUGAAGGCCGCAGUCCAACAACAUCUGGAGGGCCACAGGCUCCCCGUCCCCAAUUUAAAUGAUGACCAGCUUGCUUUGAAAAGCUUUAGAAGAAACAGAUGUGCAGUGUAGAAACUGAGCUUACCUUGAGUCAGGAUGGCUUGCGCUGAUGCAUCUCAUAAGCCACCUAGCCAGAAAAUAAGAGUGCAAAACGUACUGUAGGAAGAGAAGCCUUUCUCUUGCUCUUAUUUCACUUGUUCUCCUGCAUAUGCCAAUCUAACAGUACAUACCAUACUGACUCCCUCUGUGAUUCUACCUUUUCACAUAUGCAAGUAAUCAACUUGAUUACUCAGGACUUGAGAACUUGCAGCUGACCGUGUGUGAUUUGUGGCUCAUUAAUAGACACAACUUGUCACUUGAUGCUGCAGUUAUCAAGUGAUGAAUACACAAGUGUGAACCAACUUUGCACUAGUAUAUCUAACAAACCCCACUUAUUUUUUAAAACAAAUAAAUAAUAUUCAUAUUUAAUUCAGUUAUAUGACUUAACACAUUAGGUGGUUUUUUAAAGGUUAUACCUGGUUGUACCCUUAGGUCAACCUUCCUCAGCCUGGUGCCCUCCAGAUGUUUUGGACUACAAUUCCCAUCAGCCCCCAGUCAGCAAGGCCAAUGAUAGGAGCUGUAGUGCAGACCAUGUGGAAGGCACCAGGAUAUGUUGAGGUAGCCAACAUGGUGCCUUCCAUAUAUUAUUAGACUACAACUCCCAUCACCCCUGAUCAUUGUGUCAACUGGCUGGGGAUGGUGAGAAUUGUAGUCCCAUCAACAACAGCCCAGGGUUGAAGACCAAAUGUCUAGAUGUUGUUGAACUACAAUUCCCAUCAUCCAUGACCGUUAGCUAUACUGUACUGUGGCUGAUGGGAGCUGGAAUCCAAUAGCUUCUGGAGGGCCACAGGUGCCCCACAACUUCUGGAGAGCUUCUGGAGGGCCACAGGUGCCCCACAACUUUGCUUCAGGAUGAGAACAGAAAUCGUACUCUGGCGGCGCGGCAGCAGCAGGAGGCCCCAUUAGCUUCAGGUGGUGCUUCAGGUUAAGAACAGUUUCUUUUUUUUUUUAAUAAGAUAUUUAUUAAGGUUUUCAAAAUAUUACAAAGUAAAAAUAGAAAAAAGAAAAAUACAAAAUAAAAAUAGUUAAAAACAACUCAAUCUUUCCAUUACUUAUUUUUCAUUAGCUUGUUUCCCGGACCUCCUCACGCCUCCCUUUUUUGUAUUCCAGUUCAGUUUGUUGGUUCAGCAAAUCCUUCCCCUCUUUGUUUAUCCUAAUCUUUAAUCUUAAAGUAUUGUAACAUUAAAUUUUUACCUGUUAGUAAUCCAUUUUUCAUAUUCCCUUAUAAUAUUUCAGCUAAAAACCACUUAAUUUCUAUCCAACAUCAUUCUAACAUUCAUUAAUUUUACAAUAUUUCUGUAAAUAGUCUUUAAAUUUCUUCCAAUCUUCUUCCACCGACUCUUCUCCCUGGUCUCGGAUUCUGCCAGUCAUUUCCGCCAGUUCCAUAUAGUCAAUCACCUUCAUCUGCCAUUCUUCCAGAGUGGGUAGAUCUUGUGUCUUCCAAUACUUUGCAAUGAGUAUUCUUGCUGCUGUUGUGGCAUACAUAAAAAAAGUUCUAUCCUUCUUUGGCACCAAUUGGCCGACUAUGCCCAGGAGAAAGGCCUCUGGUUUCUUCAAGAAGGUAUAUUUAAAUACUUUUUUCAAUUCAUUGUAGAUCAUCUCCCAGAAAGCCUUAAUCCUUGGGCACGUCCACCAAAGGUGGAAGAAUGUACCUUCAGUUUCUUUACAUUUCCAACAUUUGUUAUCGGGCAAAUGGUAGAUUUUUGCAAGCUUGACUGGAGUCAUGUACCACCUGUAUACCAUUUUCAUAAUAUUCUCUCUUAAGGCAUUACAUGCCGUAAACUUCAUACCUGUGGUCCAUAACUGUUCCCAGUCAGCCAUCAUUAUGUUAUGUCCAACAUCUUGUGCCCAUUUAAUCAUAGCAGAUUUCACCGUUUCAUCCUGAGUAUUCCAUUUCAACAGCAAGUUAUACAUCUUUGAUAAAGUCUUAGUUUUGGGUUCUAACAGUUCUGUUUCUAAUUUUGAUUUUUCCACCUGGAAGCCAAUUUUCUUGUCCGAAUUAUAUGCCUCCAUUAUCUGAUAAUAAUGAAGCCAAUCUUGCACUUUGUUUUUUAGUUUCUCAAAACUCUGCAGUUUCAAUCUGUCUCCCUCUUGUUCCAGAAAUUCCCAAUAUUUCGGCCAUUUGGCUUCCAUAUUGAGCUUUUUCAGUGCUUUUGCUUCCAUCGGUGACAACCACCUUGGGGUUUUAUUUUCCAAUAAAUCCUUAUAUCUUAUCCAGACAUUAAACAAUGCUUUCCUGACAAUAUGAUUCUUAAAUGCUUUAUGUGCUUUGACCUUAUCAUACCAUAGAUAUGCAUGCCAUCCAAAUACAUUAUUAAAACCUUCUAGAUCCAAAAUGUCUGUGUUUUCAAGAAGCAGCCAUUCUUUCAACCAGCAAAAAGUUGCUGAUUCAUAGUAAAGUUUAAGGUCUGGCAGGGCAAAUCCACCUCUUUCCUUUGCAUCUGUUAGUAUUUUAAAUUUUAUUCUAGGCUUCUUGCCCUGCCAGACAAAUCUAGAAAUAUCUCUCUGCCACUUCUUGAAACAGUCCAUUUUGUCCACAAUUUGCAAUGUUUGAAACAAAAACAACAUUCUAGGCAAUACAUUCAUUUUUAUCGCAGCAAUACGACCCAGCAGUGAAAGCUUCAAAUUUGACCAAAUUUCUAAAUCUUUUUCACUUCGGCCCAGCAUUUUUCAUAGUUGUCUUUAAAUAAAUUCCCAUUUUUUGCUGUCAUGUUAAUCCCCAGGUAUUUCACUUUCUUAACCACUGUUAAGCCUGUCUCAUUCUGAAACCUCUCUCAAUCGGUGUUAAAUUUUUCUCUAAAACCUUGGUUUUUAACUUGUUCAGUUUAAAUCCUGCAACCUGACCAAAUUCUUGAAUCAGUUCUAAAACCCUUUUGGUACUAGAUUCUGGCUCCUGUAACGUCAAUACUAAGUCAUCUGCAAAUGCUCUCAAUUUGUACUGUUUGGCUCUGACUUGUAUACCUUUAACCAACUGGUCCCUUCUAAUCAUAUUCAGCAAAACCUCCAGGACCGAUAUAAAAAGCAAUGGGGAGAUUGGGCAACCUUGUCGUGUCCCUUUUUCUAUCUUAAAUUCUUCCGUCACCACAUUAUUUACAAUUAGUUUAGCCUUUUGUUCUGAAUAAAUUGCACUUAUACCAUUUUCAAAGCCUUGGCCUACCCCCAUCCCCUGUAGGUUCUUCUUCAUAAAGCUCCAAGAGAUAUUAUCAAAAGCUUUCUCCGCGUCCACAAAUAUCAAAACUGCUUUAGUAUUUAUGUUCACUUCUAAUUUUUCCAAAAUAUUAAUUAUAUUCCUCAAAUUGUCAGACAAGUUUCUUCCCGGGAGAAAGCCCGCUUGGUCUUUAUGAAUCUCUUCCAUCAACACUUUUUUCAAUCUCUUGGCCAAAAUAUCUGCAAAAAUUUUGUAAUCCACAUUAAGUAAUGAUAUGGGGUGGUAGUUCUUAAGCUGAGUCUUUUCAGUCUCUGUUUUCGGUAUAAGUGUAAUAUACGCUUCUUUCCACGACUCUGGUGCCCUUUUCCCUUCCAAUAUUUCAUUGCAGACUUCCUUUAAAGAUCUUUCAAGGAUCUAUAGUAUCUAGAAGUCAGCCCAUCCGGUCCUGGAGAUUUGCCUAGUUGCAUGUUUUGAAUGGCACCUUCUACUUCCUGUUCAGAUAUUUUAUAGUUCAACAUUAAUUUGCUUUCUUGAGAGAUUUUUUGUAGUCCAUUUAUCUUCAAAAAUCGAUCUAUAUCCAUUUCUUUCUGUGGCCCUUGUGUAUAUAAUUGUUUAAAGUACCUCUGGAAACAAUUUCUAAUCUCACCUGGGUUGUGUAUGUUCUUUCCUUCCACUUCUAAAUUUGUAGUAGUAUUUAAUUUUUGUCUUUUUUUAUUUGCCAAGCCAGCAAUUUCCCACAUUUAUUAGCUGAUUCAAAUGUUUUUUGUCUCAUUUGUUUAAUUUUCCAUUCUAUUUCCUGAUUCAUCAUUUCCAUAUAUUGUACUUGAUAUAACUUUAUUUCUCUCAAAAUCUCCUGCGACUUUGGUUUUGCUCUCAAUUUCUUCUCACUUUCUUUUAUUUUCUCCAAAAUUUUAUCUUUCUUCUCAUUUUGGCUUCUCUUCUUUAUUGCAUUCUGUUGUAUCAGGAACCCUCUCAUAACUGCUUUGCUUGCGUCCCAGAUUACUCUUUUUCAACAUUAGUGUUCAUAUUUAUCUCAAAAUAGUCUCUCAAAGUUUUUUGGGCCUUCUUAAUCACAUCUCCAUCUCUAAAUAAGGUGUCAUUCAUCCUCCAUCUGAAGGAGCCAGUUGAUAUUAGUUUCAUCUCCAUCCUUACAGCAUUAUGGUCGGAGCAGGUUUUUGGACAAAUUUCCGCUUUCUUUAUCUUUGGUGCCAUUCCUCUAGUUACCCAUAUUUGGUCGAUUCUAGUCCAUGUCAUCUUGGCUUCAGAAAAGAAAGUUCCCUCUCUUCCCAAGGGAUUCUUUGUUCUCCAAAUGUCGACUAAGUCCAAGUUGUCUGUCAUCUCAAAAAAUGUUUUCGGUAGUCUACCAUCCUUGGUGACUACCUGUCUUUGUGCCUUAUCCAUAUUUGUAGAUACUACUCCAUUCAUAUCCCCCAUCAAGAUCAAAUUGUAAUCCAAAUAAUCCAUUAAGGUCUCAUGCAACUUUUUAAAGAAUUCAGAUUUCCCCUCAUUCGGUGCAUAAACUCCUACUAUCAAAAAUUUCUCUCCUUGAACUUGAAUUUCAAUUGCCACAAAUCUUCCUUGAUCGUCUUUAAAAAUGAAUUUCGGUGAUAGUCUCUCCUUUGCAUAGAUCACUACUCCUCUUUUUUUAACUUUGUCAGAUGAAAUAAACCUCUGUCCCAAUCUCUUGUUAAUCAAUACUUUCCUAUGUAGCCUUAUCACGUGUGUUUCCUGUAAGCAAAUCAAGUCCAAUUGUUCCUUUUUUAGUAAAUGAAAAACACUUUUCCUUUUCCGAGGGGAAUUGAGGCCAUUACAAUUCCAACUUAAUAGUUGCAGAGCCAUGAUGUUAUUACUUUGCUUUACCUCCAACUGCACCAAGUGUUUAUUCUUGUUCUGUCGGUGGUGUCACUUUCUCUGAACCAUACAAUCCAAAAGAUAAAUUUGCUAUAUCUAAUAUUCCUCUUUCCAGUGCUUUUGGCUCUUCUCCAGAUUCCACUUCUUUCUGUAAGUCUUCUCCGUGGUCUUUCAAGAAUCUAUCUUUGUCGUCGACUGAUCUUAUUUUUAUCUUUCUUCCUUUAUAUUUAAAGGACAGGCCUUGGGGAAAUUCCCACCUAAAGAUGAUUCUGUUGCUUCUCAGCAGGGCAACCAGGUCUCCGUAGUUAGAUCUUAAGUCCAAGAGAUGUUUUGGAAUGUCCUUAAAUAUCUCCACGCUUGACUCAUGUAUUUCCAAAGUCUUUCGGAAGUGCAGAUUCAAGAUUUUGUCUCUCUCCUCUUUUGUUCGAAGGGUAAUCAAACAGUCUCUCACCUUAUUCUUCUUUCCUCCUCUUCCAAGCCUAAAUGCGUUCACUAUCUUAAAUUCUUCCUUCCCCAAAUCCUGUUGCCAGAAAUCUGCAAAUUCCUGCGUAAGAAAGUCAAUCAAGUUAUCUUUCUCAAGAUCCGGUACAGCCCUGAUUCUCAAAUUCGUUUGUUUCUCCUUCAAUUCAAUCAUGGACAACAUCAACCCAUGGUCCUCAAGCUGCCUAUAUAUUGGUGGUAUCUUCUAUUGAGUAGCAGUUGCUAUGUCCUUUGCUUCUUCAGCUGUCUUUCGGGUCAAAGCAGAUUCCUGUAACAAUUUCUAAAUAGUCUCUGUAUUGGUGUUCACCUUCUGUCCCAAAUUAUUGAUACUUGUAGUAUUUUGGUCAAUUUUAACUGAUGCUUCCGCUACUUGUUUAUUUGUUUCAGCUACUUGUUUACUUAAAUUUUCCAAAGAUUCAUUAAUUUUUCCUAGUGCCAGAGCUAAAACAUCUUCAGACGACAUUCAUUUUGGUUUAACUUGUAAGGGUGCAGCCCCUGAUAAUCCAGAUGGUCCAGAAGGACCAGAUGUUGAAGCUCUUCGCUGCGACCCAGUAUCUGUAUGAAAAGAUCUGCCAGACCUGGUAGUUUUUUCCUGAAUCAACUCUAACUUUCCUCUUCCAUCUGCCAUAACACUCUCAUAGAAGUCCAAGGUCAGUCCCACGGCUAGAAUUUGUUUUGAAAUGGAAAAUUCCCCUAGCCCAGUUGUUAUUGUAGCAAUAUCAAACCUCCUCUAGGGGGACACAGUAACAGUCAAAGCUUGCAACUUUAAGAAGAAAAUAAUCUUUAUAAAUCCCCCAAUUCACAAAAAAGCAACAGUUUCAAUUGCACUUAAUCAGUUACUUUAAAACCAGGAGAAGUCCAGAAACACUGUAUCUCUCUUGCAGAGUUAGCUGUCAAAAGUACUCUGUUUGCCAAUAGUGCUUUUCACAGAACGGCAUUCCUUGUCCCAAGGCAGUCCGUUCCCAGGUUCUAAGCGGUGGAUUUUAGCUUCCUUUCCCUCCUUUUUUUGCAGAUAAAUACAGUUCAAACCUUUCCCCCCUCCUCUCCUGCAAACCGGAGGGGAGAUCGCUUUUCUGAUGUUAGGAUUUGCGUCCUUUUUUCAAACGUCUUUCAAAGUUUCCGCUUACAGUCUCUUUGCUUUGAUCUGCUUACAAGAAACGGAAGGUGGACUUCCUGUUUAUGCCUCCCCGCUUCGGUUCCGAAUUAUUGUUUUUCUCCCUUUAAUUCCAAUUUUAUCCUACUCACGGGUAGUUACUUUUGAAGUCGAAUUGUCCCAGGAAAAAGUCAGCGCUCUCCGAUAACGGCUGUGCGGCUUCACUCCGCGGAAGAAGCAGUCGACUCUCAGCACCGCGCCGCUCACCCCGUUUUGCUCCGGAGCCCAAAAAUGGGUUCCUUCGCAGAUUGGGGAGGCGCAAGAGGUGCCCGCCGAGUCCCACGUUCACAGGCUUCACCCACCUGUGAUUUUUGGAGGGUCCCCACUUCGCCGCAGCGGUGCAGACCCGAUCCCGCGGAGCUGGUCCCUCAGAAAGUCAGAGGGAAUCCGCCAUUACCGAUGGCGCCAACCCAGAAGUCCCAGGUUAAGAACAGUUUCAGGUUUCAGGUUAAGUACAGACCUCCGGAAUGAAUUAAGUACUUAACCCGAGGUACCACUGUACAGUUCUAGGUGUUCAGCUGAAUACAAAGUAAAUAUAAAUUCUCCCACUAUAUACAAAGAAUCAAUUUUGAUCCAAAAGUUCCUAAUUAUGUACUUACAUAUCUUUGAAGAGACAAUUUCUUGGCUUAAGCAUACAAGACUGAAUAGCUUAGCAAGGUAGCCCUGUUUGAUUACAGAUAUAUAUAUAUAUAUAUAUAUAUAUAUAUAUAUAUAUACACACACACACACACACACACACACACAUGCUCUCAUUAUAGGCUUUUCAAUAGGUGUUUUACAUUACAGUGGUGCCCCACAAGACGAAUGCCUCGCAAGACGAAAAACUCGCUAGACGAAAGGGUUUUCCAGUUUUUGAGUCGUUCUGCAAGACGAAUUUCCCUAUGGGCUUGCUUCGCAAGACGAAACGUCUUGCGAGUUCUUGCGAGUUUGUUUCCUUUUUCUUAAAGCUGCUAAGCCGUUAAUAGCCGCUAAGCCGCUAAUAGCCGUGCUUCGCAAGACGAAAAAACCGCAAGACGAAGAGACUCACGGAACGGAUUAAUUUCGUCUUGCGAGGCACCACUGUAGUAGAGAGGUGAGGUGGUGGGGUAGAGGAUAGACAUGAUACUAUUAGUACUUACAUCUCAUACAUUUCACAUCCAGGCACACAUUUCAAUACCCAUUGCUGUAAUUAAAUGAAAACUGAAAGAUCAAAUUCGGAAUUUCAUCCUACUGGCUGUAAUGUUUUAAAUAAAAAUAUUAAUUGUGCUUCUUGUUGUUUUAAUAUUUUUUUGAUGUCCUGUUUGAUAUAUUUUCUAGGAACGAAUUGGCUCCUUGUCAUAGGACCUCCCUGCAAACAGAUCAGAACAAACGCUCAAUAAAGGCUAGAUACAAUCUUAAUUGCGUAAAUGUCCUGCAAGCAAGUCAGGAGGAAUCCUCAGUAAACAGAAGGAGUCCUAAGAAGGGAGACCAAGUGUGGCCUUGGAAGUUUCCCAUCAACACCACCUAGACAGACUGAGCAGGCACACAGAUUCACAGCUGUCCUCACUGUGGGUAAGAUGUGUUUCUUUUGAAAUCAUAGCAGUUCUUUCUAAGUUUCUGUGUCUCUGUGUGUGAUGCACAUGCACAUUCUAUGCAAAUUAUUUCCUCUUUUGUUCUCUUUUGAUUAUGCAUUUCCUCUUUUUUUAAAGCGAUUCAUAAGUAGUGAUCCUAUGAGUUUGCUGUAAGAGCUGUAAUCAGUUUGGGUCAUAAAUAAAUUAGACACACAAUAAAUGUGUUAAUCUUUAAAAUGACUGAAGACUCUGUUCAACAGGAAAACAAUCUCCCUUGGGAGGUGGUGGACUCUCCUUCCAUGGCGGUUUUUAAGCAUAGCUUGGAUUGCCAUCUGUCAUGGAUGCUUUAGCUGAGAUUCCUGCAUUGCCAGGGAUGGACUAGAUGACCCUUGGAGGCCCUUCCAUCCCUACAAUUCUAUGAUUCUAUGACUUUUAUUGGUUGCUGUGUUGCUCUAGCAUUGCUUUAAAGCACUGGUAAAAUUUUGUCCAUAGAUUACAUAAUAGCCCAUUAUUCUAUGUAAAUCAUAAUUAAAAGAGUGGCUGGAAGUGCCUUGGGACAUUUUGAUCCUGUUGUCAGCCGCAAUCUCUUUUGAGUAGCUUGUGAAAAGAGGCACAAGCUCUUAGAACAGAAACCACCAAAAAGAGCUUAUUCAAGGAAUUGACCUAAUUGCAAUAAAAAUCAUAAUGCGAAGCUCUGCACAGUUGUUUGCAGAAUCAGAUUCUGUUGGUUAAAAAUACAAAAUCAGAUAAAAUUGUAUUUACCAUUCACAUUUAGCUUAGUUAUGUUGACCAUUAAAAUUGCCAAUUUGCUCACAAUCUAGUGUAAAUUUGACCGCAGCACUGAAACAUUUAUUCAAGAGAUUAAAUGCUUACCUUGUCUUAUACAAUUCUGUGAAAGGCAAAAUACGGUGAUGAAAUUAGCUAUACAUAAAGAAAGCUGCCGAGUUUCUGUUUCUUUAUGGAUUACGCGCAAGGAACUUUUGGGGAAGUGUCCAGUUCUUCUAAAUUCUAAUAUAAUUGUUCACUUUCAGAAGGAAAUUGGCAGUGAAUAAAUUGUUUUAACACUGUCACGUGUGAUUUUCCUCCAUGGAGGAAAUUAUACUAGCAGCUGAAAGAAUAAACUGUUAAAAUAAAAACACAGCACCAUUAGUGUGCAUAUCCCAUAAUAUACCGUUUUACUUGAAGCACUGAUCAUAUGCUAGGCUAUUUUAAUUUCCUCCCCUCCAGAUUUGCCAUAGAAGCGCUAGAAAACUUUAUGGCUUGGUAAACCAAAUUCACAAGGUAUUGUUACAUGCCACUCCAGUCUCUGAUCGAGUGUCCCGGGGAGUUGGCAGCACCUACCCAGGGUUUGUGUUUCCUUCAGAUAUUAGGUGCAGUGGAGACUGUAGUGUCUUUAUGGAAUAUCAUUUAUUUACAUAUAUAUACAACCUGAGUCUACAGUGGAAGGAUUUCCAGCAUUCACCUCUCAAGAUGAUUCUUUGCUCCUCUCUUCGGAGCAGUAGGAUUAGGUCUACAGACAGAAGAACCAACCAUACCGCCUGUCCCUUUGUUACAGCUUGCUCUAGCCAGCCUGCCAAGAGUUCUGUCGGCCCCACUUCUCCCUCGCCUUUCAAUCUACUUGCAAAACACUAAGAUUUCCCUUCAUCCUCUGUAGUGCAAACUGAAACCCAAAAGCCUUUCUUUUCACCACCCACUAACACACACAGCUGGAGUUGGAGCCCCUCUGUGAGAGAGCUAGUUCAUGACAUCCUCCCUGUCUGGCAGUGUUGUCCUCUGGUUGUUUCACUGGCCCUCCGAUGGUUUCACUGGCCUUCUUUGUCCCCUGUUAAUGACUAUGCCAAGCUGGUCUGGGUUGUUAGCAUAAUGUAAAUCCAGGGGUUUUCAGUAUUUGGCACAGUUUACUCAAAUAUUAGUUAAUUCUAAUGUUUACUAAAUCCAGGAAUUAUGGGGAGUCUCUCCUCACACUCAAACUCAUAGCAGUAGGAUGAUGAAGACAGCAUUUUUAGAAGCAAAUUCUGAAAAAAGAAUGCACUUGUAUAUGAUUGGUGACUCCUGCAAAUGCCUUUUUGGUGUGGCUGUGACUUGUAAUUGCCUCUCGCCUGAUGUCAUAUUAUUACAUCAAGUUUAGGGCAGUGUGUGUGGUUUGGCCAAAACAGCCUCUUUGGCCAAGUGGAUUUAAUUAAGCCAUGGGCUGGAGGUUCUUGAGAGUUGUUGUGCUUGGUUCCUGUAGGAAUCUGGUUGGCCACUGUAAGAACAGGAUGCUGGACUGGAUGGACAACUGACCUGAUCCAUCAGGCUCAUCUUAUGUUGCCAGCUACUAGUAUAUGUGGUAGAAAUUUCUCUCAGUGUAAACCUUUGGGUUCCAGUUGUUUGGCCUAUUAUCAUACAUAACCCACCACCCCAGAAUUUCAAUUUGUUCAUUGUCUUUAUUUCCAGAUAAUCAAAACCAAACUUUUGCUUAAAACAUUUAGUAAUCUUCAUGCUUGCAGCAGCACAAAAUUGGACAUUGGUAUCUGGCUGCAGGGUUAGUGAUUGAAUCAGCAAUAUUUGGCAGAUUGUAGUAGCUGAAACAGAGACAGUUUCCUGGAUUCAGAGUUUCCAUUCAUCACAAAUAUGAAUGGUGGGUCAACCAGACAUCAGCCAUUGAUUUCAUACACUUCCUUAUGGUACAUGCACAAGGUUGACUGUACUGGUGACAAACUGCUGUUCCUUUAUGAAUCUAUGUUUUUAUAUUCAAAACUUAUUUUUUAAAAAAGGUGUGUGGGCCCCAGGUGAGGGGAGGGCAGGGGGAGGGGGGAGAGAAGGUUCCUGUACCUUUAAUAGUUGCAUAGUUCCCGCCCAUGUGCCUUGUUUUGCACCUGUGGAAAAUCCCUCUUAUGCACAACUGCUAAGAUGCAGGAGCCCUGCCUUCCUGUGCAUCUGGUCAACCUACCUUGUAGUAGUGCUCAGGUCCUUGGGGAGGUAAGUGUGAGAGAGUGUGUUUCAGGAGUGAGGAGAAAAAAAAGGGGGUUGUUUGUCCAAUACUUGUCUUCUCUGGCUGUAUAAUAGAUAUUUACAGUACUAUCCUAUGAAUUUUUACUCACGUCCCAUUGUGUUCGCUGGAGCUUAUUGCCCAAUAAACAUGUUUAGAAUUGUUAUCUUUUGAAUGGAAGGCUGCCUGAGCAGGAUUUUUGUUGGGGGGGAGAAGGCUUUUUUAAGGGGGUAGGCUUUUGUUGGGGAGGAGGGGCAGAACCUCAGAUUUGUCUUGAUUCUUAUUGAUGUUAUAUUCUCCUCUGGCCCCGCCCAUGUGCCUGAGUAUAUUAUAAUUAAAUAAGAAUGGGGGCAUGCAGUUCUGGAAAUUAUAAAGGCAUAUCCUCCUCCUAAUUUCUCCCUUGCUCUAGGAUAUUUAUUAUAAGACAUCAGGGUCUUAAGUAGGUUAGUUCUCUCUCUUUCCCUGCCCUCCACUUUUCUUUUCAGCCUUUGACACCCAAACAGUCAGUGUCUCAAAUAGGCACAAAGUUGGAUUAGUAAAUUCACACUCUUCCUGACCUCUGGUUCCUUAGACCUUUCCCCUCCCUACUCCACUCUGCAGGCUCAUCUGCCAUUAACAUAUUGUCACCAGCUGGCUUUAAAAGAUGAUUGGACAGAUUCAUGGAGGCUGUCAGUGCUUGCUAGUUAUGAUGGCUGUGCUCUGCCUUUGCAGCUGCAGACAGUAAUACUUCUGAACAGCAGUUGCUGGGAAUCUGUGGAGGGGAGAGAGCUCUUGUGCUGGCUUGCAGGCUUCCCAGAGGCAUCUGGUGGCUACUGUGAGAGCAGGAUGUUGGACUAGUUAUGUUCAUAUUAUAUAAGUUUUCAGGUUCCCUUUAGGCAAUUUUGUUUUCCAUCUUAUUCACAAACUUACGCACUUCUGUGAGUAUGCAGAAGUCACUACCUUGUUUUGGGGUGUUUCCAAUUUUGUUCCAAUUUGAUAGGCACUCAGCCACAUAUUAGAGGGGAAAUACAUGAUCUCAUGUGGUUUUAAUUUAAUAACAAAAAUGGCACUGAAAAUUCAACUGAAAUGAAGUCCCAUAAUUUUCUAUUUCAAUAGAACUCUCUUUCAUGCACACAAUGUUCUAUUGUUUUAAUUCAAAAUAUUAUUUGCACAAUCUCAGUUUGUAAAGACUGGAGCAGCAAAGAAGCUUCAGCAUAAGGAGAUAUUUUGGAACCAGAAGUAGCCUCUAAAUUCUCAUGAAAAUCAGUGCAGUUACAAUGGGAUAUUAUUUGAUCACUUUGAAAGUACAGUGCUGCCAUCAGGACGAUGAGUUAUUGUUUGUCCCUGUGGCCUGCCGUAUCCAAAUCUGUUCCUUGAUUUUCUGUUUCAUAGAGGAUGUACAAAUGAUUGCAUCAUGUUGAUUAAAUGCCAGAUUAAUCUGUGUUUCAUAUAUUUAAUAUAGCUGAAAAAGCAUGGAGCUGAUAAAAUACAGGAUAUAUUUGUGUCCUUCGUACAACAUAUUUUAAAUCAGGGAUUGGAUUUGUCAGCUGCAGAGUUUUGCAGCGGGAGUGUUUAUCCGGAUCUAGAUCUGAAGGCGUAGGCUUUUGUCCAGCUUCCCUGUUAAGCAUUUCUGUUGAUGAUAUUUCAUUGUCUUGAGUGUUUGGGGGCAGGUUUUUGUUGUUUGCCCAAAUCUGUGGAUGAAGUGUUGAACAAAAAAGAAGCGGUGGCAAAAAACAAAGCGCAUCUUGAUGGAGAACUGAGGUUGAACUCCCACAACUUCCGGUGUUUAGCCUAUUAAAGGACUAUUUAAGUCCUGGCAAACAGCUCAUCAUGUUUUAUAUUCUCUUGGAUAGAGAAUUCUUCUCCCUGGAGUCUAGUUUUCUAUGUGCACUUAAUAUCUAAUGUCAAAUUGUAUGUCUUGGUGACUGUCUGUGGGCCAUACCAUUUGAGAUAGUAGAGGGAAUGUUGUCUGAUUGAACACGACCCAUAAAAAUGAAAAUAAAAUCUCCCCCCACAUCACAAACUAAAUGCCAGGGAGAAGGUAUGACAUACGGAUCUUCUAUGUAUAGGACGCUUCCUUUCAAGAGUGGGGACUUAUUUAAACAUGCAGUCUUCCACUUGCAGUACUAAGUAAAGAUAAUUUGUAUUAUUUGCAGUAUCUGUAUUACCAAGUGAUGAUAACCUGCAUUUCUGUUUGCCUGAACCAAUCCCAGAGGCUCUUUCAGGUGCCACUUUCAUUUUGGCACCUACAGCAAUAGAGAAGAGGCCAAGUUCCCAAAAGGCUUACAUUUUCUCUCUGCAGUGUCACAUAAUCAGCAGAGCAGAAGGCUGAGCAAGGUUUUAUAAGGAGCUGGGUCCAGCAUUCAUGAGGGAUGGGGAGUAAAAUUGAUCCAGUUUGCCUUUAAAAUCAAACCUACCUACCUAAUUUGCACUUUCCAAAACAAUAUACAAUGCAAAAACACAGCCAUCCUUUGAAAUUUGUGCUUGAAUUUUGCAAUGCAGUUCUCCGGCCAAGUCAUGUGUACAAAAAUUCUAAUACUAGGGUUAAACUGUACAUGUAAUGUGUAUGUAUUGGGGCUUAUCAGCACUUCCUUUUGCCCUGCCGCUUCCCCCCAGGAGAACCCACGGUUUAGCACUGAAUCGGAACAAAUGGCAAUGGGUUUUCCUUGGAUUGCCAUUUGUUCCGAUUUAGCACUAAAGAGUGGGGUUUCCAGUGGUGGGGCAAAGGGAAAACUGCUUGGAUCCCAGGCAUAGGACAAGCAGAAAUGUGGACGAGCCCUUAGUGAAAACAGCAUACAAAAAUGCAUUCGAUUUGGGAAAAUUGCUUUGCAAAAAUAUGUAUAUUAGGAGAAAUUCAUACUAAAAUGCUGAUGAAUUUCCCAGACAACUUAUUAUUUUUUAAUUGCUAAACUGAUGUGGAAAUGGGGAGAACUGAACUUUAUAGAUUGGAAAAAUGAGAAGCUGAGAGGAACGGAAAUUGUGAGAAUGUUCCCAGUCCCGAGUUUAUUUUCCAGCUGCACAUAUACUGCUUAUUUUCUCCAGAGGGAAGCAUGAGCAUUAAAAAGAAAAAAAAAGUUUAUAUGUAAAAAAGCACAGAACAUCAAAACAAAUAACUACAGAAAUAAUAAAGGAAGAUCAGACACCUGUACUUUUGGGGUGUAUUAAAUCUGAGCACUCUUAAUAGGCCCUAAGCAUAUUUGGCCUCUAGCCAAGCCACUCAUUUGCAAAGUAGCAGAAGUUCCUGCUAUUUUUUAUUUUAUUUUUUGCUCUGGUGUGCAUUUCUUGACAGGCAGGGCCCAGCUGCUGUCUCAUGUGCAGCUCUUCCGCUCAUGCCAGCCAAGCUAGAAGACUGGCAAAACCCUGAUCUGCAUUAUGCCAGCCUGGAGCUAGCAUAGUAAUGGGGCACAGUGCCACCAUUUGGUGGCACUGGGGGGUGGCUUGGGAUCCAGUGGAUCCCAGCCUGGCUCAGCCCCCUGAAGACCCAAUUUCCACACUUUCUGCAGGCUGUGGUGAGAAUCCUGUUGGUCAGCAGAACAGCGAGCUCCACCGUGGAGGAGUGAUGCCAGGACCACUUUUUAGGUGGAGCCGUUUUGGGUUGGGCAAAGAAGAACCUCCAGCCCCAUUCAACUCAGUGGAUUUGUGUGAGUGGGUGGAUUGCAGCCUCUUUGUUUGGAGCGGUAGAAGGAGAUUCCUUUAAAACAGCAAAAAGAAGAGAAGCUAGGCAUUGACAUUUAUGGUUCCCCAAACCUGCCUCAACUGACAGUCGUGUCUUUUGCCAUGACACAGGCUAGAGAUCUUGCUGUAUGCAAUUAGAUAAGGCAAAUCUAAAGCCAGGCACAUUUGGACUGGGUGAGAUGGCUUUUGUUUCGUUUGUGACAGCAUUUUCCUGGACAAUGAACUGUAAGUGAUAAAUGCAAAUGUGUCCUUUCUCCCUGGGAUGGGAAGUGAUCUUUAUCGGACCAGAGGAAGAGAAGCGCUCGUUUCCCUGAUGCCAUUUGUUGCAUGCUCAAUUGCAUAUUUUAGGUCCCAUGACAAAGAAAUGGAGGCAAUGCCAUAUUCACAAAUAUACCUCACACAAGAUGUGCAUUUCCCCAAUUAAAGUUAGUAAAGAAAAGUUAGCCUAAGCAGCAUAACAUAGUGUUUACUGGUCUAAUUAUUCUAAGUAUUUUAUAAAACAGGAAAGUAAAAGGGUACAUUCCAGAAAAAACCAAAGCCCACAGUAAUUUAACCAUUGAUUUCAGUGAGAUUGGACGACACCAGAAGAUUUGUCUUUACUAUCUGCCCUCCUGCCUCUGAGGAGAGAACCCAGAAUAUGUCCUUUAAAAAGCAGUAACCUUUAAUAUCUGUAUACCAUAGUUUACAGUGGUCUAGUUCUAUCCCUCAGGUGUGUGUGGACAACCUUCACUGGAUAUUAUAAUGGGAAAGUGAGCCCUGAAACAGAAUUCUGAUUCCUAACAUGUAUUGAGGAAAGUUGCAUGGUGUAGCUGUCUUGGGAUUGCACCACUUCAGAUGAAGCAUGCAUGAUUGAAUGGUUCCCAGUGUAAAAAAUAAAAAGAUAGAAAACUAGCAGGAAGAAGACCAGACAAGGAUUGCCUGCCAAGCUAACUUACAACACAGGGAAGUAUUGGGUAAUGAACUCCCAACCUGCCUUCUGAAGUGGUACAGAUUCUGGGGGCCAAGAAAGACCUGCAGUGCAGACAUGGUCUACAAAUCAGGGUAAAAAGGUAAGGUACCCCUGACCAUCAGGUCUAGUCGUGGACGACUCUGGGGUUGCGGCGCUCAUCUCGCUCUAUAGGCCAAGGGAGCCGGCGUUUGUCUGCAAACAGCUUCCGGGUCAUGUGGCCAGCACGACUAAGCCACUUCUGGUGAAAGCAGAGCAGCGCAUGGAAACGCCGUUUAUCUUCCCACCAGAGUGGUACCUAUUUAUCUACUUGUACUUUGACGUGAUUUCGAACAGCUAGGUGGGCAGGAGCUGGGACUGAACAACAGGAGCUCACCCCGUCACAGGGAUUCGAACCGCCAAAUCAGGGUACCAGCAAAUAAAUGCCUAGACUGAAAGCCAUACCAAGCUUCAUCCAUAGUGCAGUUCCGCAAGCAACGAGGUUAUUUGUGUGUUGCAGGGAUUUUGCUUAAACUUUGUAGUAUAUACUGUUAGAGGUGGUAUGUUGGAAUAAUUUUGCUGCUAACAAUUGCAGCAAAACCUGAAGUGAGUUUGAUAAAACUGGAGCCAAAAAUAUCCUGAGAUGUACAGGUAUGCAGUGGACCACAUAGCUCCUUUGUGUUCCAGUUUUUAUAAAGAAAACCAGAUGGCAACAGCAGAAAAAAAGCAACUGAUUUAACAGUCAUUUACAGGAUACCUUAGAGAUCAAGUAAUUUGUUCCAAGUGCUUUAGCAGUAAAGGAAGAAGAACAAAAGAUCAUUAAUUGUAGGUUUCACUUGUCUGCAAAAGGACAUAGAUCAGCAUGUGGGAAACCGCUGUAUUUAAAGUUUGUUUUAGAAAAUUGUUAUAUGUCAAUUGCAGUUUUGUAAUUAGGCCCUUGUAGAUGGUUUGCGGUUUUCAGUCUCAUCCCCAUAAAAGUCCUCUGUAGCCCAGGUCAAGAAGAGCAUAGCAGUAUCUUUCCUGCAUGCUAGCUGACUGACGUCUUUGUAGACGUCGGAACUUUGCUGGUUUACAGGACCUGAGGUGGGGUGGGGAAUACAAAAAGGAAGUUAUAAUACGUUACAAACUUGGUGGAGACUCGGCAGAUAAUAUUGUGAUGCGUUUGAGGAUCGUGCGCAGGAUAGACUUGCCUACAGGGCAACAGAAGAGCAGAGCAAAGUCAUUAGGCAUGUGUAUGAGAGAGACAUAGAGGAGAAUGGAUGUAGGCAGUCUUGGUAUCAUCAGUGUUGAUGAAAGGAAGUUGCUAAGGAGGACAAUAUUUGUUUGAUUCAUUCCUGCCCUGGGCAACCAGCAGUAAUAGAUUCUCACUGCAAAGCAGGGGUGGGGAAUUUUUUCCAGCUUGAGGGCCACACUUCCUUGUGGGGAACUGUCCAGUGGCUGCAUGUGAGUGACAGGCAGAGCCAGAGGCAAAAAUGAGUAGAACAAUGGAUGUGACCAUUUUACCAUGGUAAACACUGCGGCCAAGCAGAAGUCAGAGGUUUCUAUAAACACACAUUUCUCCAUAUUACAGUGGUACCUUGGGCUACAGAUGCUUCAGGUUACAUAUGCUUCAGGUUACAGACUCCGCUAACCCAGAAAUAGUACCUCGGGUUAAGAACUUUACUUCAGGAUGAGAACAGAAAUUGUGUGGCGGCAGCGGGAGGCCCCAUUAGCUAAAGUGGUACCUCAGGUUAAGAACCGUUAAGAACGGACCUCCUGAACGAAUUAAGUUCUUAACCCGAGGUACCACUGUAUAACAGUUCAAUGAUAAUAGCCCCGCCAGGUAAAAUCAAUUGAGGAGGGUGCAGAGGAAGGCCAGUGUCCUGAGGGCCAAAGAGUGAGAGACACACACAUUCAGCCCUUGAGCUUGAGGUUACCUGUCUCUAUAUCCAGCAGUCCCCUUGUAGAUAAUGUCCUUUCAACCCCUCCAAGACUUAGGGUGCAUGCCCUCUGAGGACCUGGAUAGAAAGGUGGGGGAUAGAAAAACACCCCCCUUCUUUUUGGCUUGUGAUGUCCUGCAGCUUACCUAUGCUGCUGCAAGCCUUCCCCAGCCUGGUGCAAUCCUAUACUAGCAAGGGCUGAUGGGAGUUGUAGUCCCAAACAUCUGGAGGGCACCAGGCUGGUGAAGGCUGUGUUUCCUGACAGGAGAGGAGACAGUGUCCUUAAUUCAGAGCUCACCUCAUGCUUUUAGCUGGCAAAUCUUGUGGACUGGCUACCCCCACAAAAAAACUAGGGGGGAAAAGAGGGGAGGGUUACGUACAUGCUUACAAGAACUUGUAAGAUGAAAUGCUAUAUGGAACUCCUUGAAAAAAUCAAUACAAAUAUAGUGCUUUAGAAGCAAGAUAUGAGGAGAUAAACCUGGAUGCUGUUUUGAUGACACCGGGAUAAACUCCAUCAGCAAUAUGGAAUCUCACAGAAAAGUAAGCUGAAAAGCUGUGUGAUCCACACUGAUGAUCCUUCUAUUAAAAAGGUUGCAUUCAACAUUUCUCCCUAAAGGCUGAUCAGUAUUGAGCCUUCUCCCUCUGUUGGGAGGCAAAAUAAGGACUUUAAAAUAAACCACACACACUGAAACUGCGCAGAGAGUAUUGUGCAAGACUGUCAGCUGUGUUAUAGCAAGAGAGUCAGGAAGGACUUUUCAGUACAAAGGGGUCCUAACCUCGGGUUUUCUUAACGUGUGUUUUUGUACUAGGAUUCUGAAUAUACUCAAGACACUUACUCUGGAAUUAAUUUGUAUUGAAUGCGGUGAAAUUUGCUUGACACCGAGCUCCCCCCAGGCAUCCUUCUGGAACGUUUAAUUGAUUCAGUUGGAUUACUGCCAGAUCUCUCAAAUUUGUGGCGUGAAGUCUGAAAAUCAUGGCUGCAAACCAGAAGCCACAAGCCAAACCACUUGCAUUUAAAAUUAGUCUCAAAUCAUUUCUCAGAUGGAAGUAUAAGGGUCUAAGGAUUUGCAGCAAGUUGGUCAGGCGUGCGAAAUCCUGAUCGCGGUCCCUAGUAUCCCAAGCAGUCACCUUCCUUUGCAUCUGGCCUCAGAAAGCUCCAGUGUAGAAUUUACUGCCUAGAUCAAUCAAGGUAGUUAAGUGAAGGUGGGUUAAACAGUGCCAGUCCAAGGCCACAUUCACACUAUACAUUUAAAGUACCAUGAUACCGCUACUUGGAAAAAGAUGCUCCACUGGGAUUUGGCACUCUUAACCUCUACUUUCACCUGCCUCAGAUGAGCCUCUAUGUGAUUUUUGUUUGUUUGGAGCGGGUGGCAGCAAGGGAAAGGGCAGGGGCAAAGGUGAGUGUUUUGUGUGCGUUCAUACGGAAUGUGUGCAAAUCCCUCAAGCAUUUGUGAGUCUUCACUCAGAACUUCCCAGGGGUGAGCAAAGGGAUGCUCAUCUCUCCUGACUGACAAGCAACAGGCCCUUGUUGUUGUUGUGGUUUAAAAAGUAUUAUAAAAUAAAAUGUUACUGUAUUAAUAUUUAAUGCAAUAAUUGAGGCCUUCUGUUUUUAUGUUUUGGCUGUUCUGCAAGGAUUCCUUCCCACCCUUUGACUGCUCAUCACAAGCAUUCUGGCUAUGGGCCUAUGUAGAAAAUGGUGGGAACAAUUCUAAAAUGUCUUUCAAAAGCACUGGGUUGAUGGAUAAUUUAUUACAAGUUUAGUGGCAGUGUUGAGUCGCCGGACUGGCAGUAUAACAGCCUCCCCAAAUAAAGAAGCUACCAUGCAUAUUGAUUGAAGAAGCGCUUCCCAGGGUGCCUCUUGCUGUUUGAAUUGUUGAUGCCUCUGAACUCCUCUCUCAUGUUUGGCUUACAAAGAUGCUAAAACAAUAGGCGUGGGCUGCAUGACGGGGGCAAGGCUUUUGAAUACAGUGACAUACACCACGUCACACAUUAGUGUACCAUCUCCCAACACGGGCUGAAGGUCAUAGGAGCCAUACUGCCUGCCAAGGAGAUGAGAUGGAAAGAGGGAUUCUGAGCAACGUACCAUAGAAGAUUGGCACUAAUUACUGGUUUGAAGUGCAAACGGAAUGCAAGGGAGCAGAAAGAUGGCCCCAUGUGGCAGAACAAACACUGACAGUCUUGACACUGCUGCUAGCGCUGACUGAAACACAAUAGCUGGUAGCCAUCUCCUACCAAAGCUCAAUCUGUGCUGUCAUACUGGGGACAUCUCACUGUUGGGUAGUGGCACUGCCGCCACUGCAAGGAGCCAGCUAUUUCCUUCCUGAUUGGUUUCCUGCUGUAAAAUGAACCAGUUUUAAAUCUGAGUCUGAGACUCAAAUGAUUACACCUAUUAACUGCCUCUCUCUUAACUGCUGAGUAGAUUGUUUAUAUCUAUUGCAAGAAAGUGUCAGCAAAGAUUGCUUUUUGGGAGGAUCUCUGAUGAAAGGGUAUGUUUGUCGUGUGUGUGUGUGUGUGUGUGUGUGUGUGUGCUCUCUGUCUCUCUCACGGUUGUUGUUUUCUAAGCUACCAGCUUGUUUAGAGCAAGAAAACCAUCUCUAUUGCUUUCCUCAACUUUGUUACAUAGUUAAUGACUGGGUCCCCCUGCAAUAUGUCAUUGGCAUCCAUCUGUCUCGGGAGACGAUGGAAGAGUGUGCCUUUGGAGAUGAGAGUCUAACUGUUGGAAGGUUGCAGCACCUGCUGUGGCUGUAGAGACUGAUAUGGAGAGACAUGUUUUGUUGCAGCCGGGGCAGAUGAAGGGGUCCAGUUGUGCUGAUGCAGAUGUACCAUGUGUUUCUUCCUUCUGCACUCCUUGCAGCAGUCAUUCCUCCUCUGGGCACUGUUGUGGAUACAUCACCUGAGUGAUUGUCUCCAGGCUCUGAGGUCAUCUGAAAGGGAUUCCAACACAGCGGGGUUGAUGUUGGCAGCCUUCAUGUCCUAUUUCCAGACAUCUCUGUAACAGAGUUGGUUUGCCAACAGACCUGGUGUCUGAAGCCAUGUCCCCAUAGAGCACAUCCUUGCAGAUCCUGCCGCCUUCCAUUCUGUGUACAUGAUCAAGCCAGCAUAAGCAUCACUGAGAUAGAAGUGCAGACAUGCUGGGAAUGUGGACUUGGGAGAACACAUCUUUGUUUGAGACCCUGUCCUGCUAUGUGAUGCCCAAAAUUGUCCUGACACAUUCAGGCAUCGCUCCUGGCAGGUUUAAGUUGUCCACGACUCACUUCCAUAAAGCAGCGUGCUCAACACGCAAACCUGGUAGACCUUCAUCUUGGUAUUGGACAUUAAAAUCACAUUCUCCCAUAUGCUUUCGGAGAGGUGAGGCAUUGCUGUAGCUGCCUUGCCAGUACGCUUGGUCUAGCUGAGCAUCAAUGGAAAGGCUGUUGGUUAUGUUGGAAUCCAGACAGGCAAAAUCAUCUACCACCUCAAGCAUGUGGUCACCAGUGUUGAUGUGUAGAGUGCUGGGGAUGUUCUGACCCAGGAUGUUGGUCUUUGUCAAGCUGAUGGUAAGGCCAAAACCACUCCAGAUGUACAUUCCCCCUAUACAGUGGUACCUUGGUUCUCAAACGCCUUGGUACCCAAACACUGCAAAGUGUUCCAAUCUGUGAACUUUUUUUGGAAGCCAAACGUGCUCCUCUUCUGAUUUGAGUGCCAAAACUUCUGUUUUGGGUUCCAUGGUUCCAUUUUGAGUGCCACACUUCCAUUUUGAGUGUUACGCUGAGCUCUGUUUGUUUUUGCGGCUCUUUUGUGUGUGUUACUGUGUGGAACCAAGUUCAGCUACUGAUUGACUGUGUGACCGCAGUACUUUGUUUAUUGCUUUCAUUUUAUGGAUCAGUGGUCUCGUUAGUUAGUAAAAUUCAUGUUAAAUGGCUGUUUUAGGGGUUGUUUUUAAAAGUCGGGAAUGGAUUCAUCCAUUUUGCGUUACUCUCUAUGGGAAAGCAUGCCUUAGGUUUGGAACGCUUUGGUUUUGGAACGGACUUCCGGAACGGAUUAAGUUUGAGAACCAAGGUUCCACUGUACUGAAUUGUUUUGCAUUAUUUGCAGCAGGUGAAGUUGACCUGUCAAAAGACCUGGCCUGGCUGCGUGCUUCAGUUUGUAUGGUGGGAAAAGAAAGAGUUAUUAACAGAACCCUUUUAACUGACUUAACAGCUCUUGGAGCAGGCCAGCCGUUUGUUGUGAUAGCUGUUGUUUUGGAAAUGAGCGAAGCUAAGCAUCCUGGCUGCUCUCCUUUUAAAGCAUAUUAAUGGCUGAAAAAGCCUCCAGGCCUCUCUGGCUCUGCGUGCACCAGUUCAGAUAUAUGGCUCGAGUGAACAAUGGAUCAAAGGCUUGGACUGCACAAAAGAGAGUGAUCCAAGUUUUCAAGCCCAGACCGACCAACGGGAUAGGAUGUUUCACUUUAGUGAGCUUUUGCAGCAAAAGCAAAUCUUUCUUGUCAAGUUAUGCAAGCUCCCCUUAGGUGCUCCACCCUAAAUUGCCACAAUAAAAGUGAAGGUUAAAGAUUCGUAUCAGAGUAAACUUGUGCAGAGGAUGUAUAGAUUACAAAGCAGGAGAAACAGAAAGAUGCUGUCUCCUACUCAGCCAGGCCAAUGCUCACAAGAACACAGGAAUAGCCUGCUGGAUCAGGAGUAAUGGCCCAGCAUCCUCUUCUCACAGUGACCAACCAGAUGCCUCAAUGGGAAACCAGGAAGCAGGAUCAAAGCACAAUCACACUCUCCACUCCUGUGGCUUCCAGCAACUGGUAUUCAGAAGCAUUACUGCCUCCAGUUGGGUAGGCUGAGCAUAGCCAUUGUGGCUGGCAGCCUGGCUCAGUAUUACCGUAUUUUUCACUCCAUAAGAAGCACUUUGUCCCUCCUAAAAAGUAAGGGGAAAUGUCUAUGCGUCUUAUGGAGCGAAUGUGUGUUCGAUCACUGGCUCCCUUUCUGGCCCUGCCCCCUUGCCCAGGCCUCCAUUGUUGAAUGUUCCGCAGACGGAGGCUGUUUGUUUCCCCAGCGACAUGUGACUGGCUGAUUAGAUUAUCUGUCUGGAAACUGUAGAAACGGCUCCAUUUCCUUUCCUAAAGAAGUUGCAGAACUGUGAAUUGAACCCCAUAAAAACAGGAUUUUUUCCCCUUUGCAAAGUAAGCUCAACAACUUUGAGCUGAUCCUCAAAAAAGGGGCUUUUCCCCUUUGCAAAAGAAGCUGCAUAACUGUGAGCUGAUCCCUCCCAAAAUGGGGCUUUCCCCAUUUCCUCCUCUAAAAACUAGGUGCGUCUUAUGGAGCGAAAAAUACGGUAGUUUACCUGGAGCAGUAUUAUUUACUGUAGGCUUUCCGGUCCCCUUCACCAGGUGCUGGAGUACAACUCCCACCAGCCAUGCUGGGUUACUUUUCAGCUUCUAAAGCAGAGGUUUUCCUCAUUACCUACUAAUUGACCCUUAUAAGGGGAGGUGCCAGGGAUUGAACUCCACGACCAUCAGCUUAUAAGGCAUGCGUUCUACCACCGAGUCAUAGUCCAUCUGUCAGGUCUCAUUUGGGUACAUUAAGAACAUUAAGUCAGUUGAAAUCGCUUCCUUUGCAGCUCAGUGUCAGCAUUGUUUGGGGAGGAAGUGCAGUCUUGAGGUUUCGCUCUUCAACUGGAGUCCAGCAUCAGAGCUCCAUUUCGCCCCCACCCCCCACCCCCAGAUCUCUUUCGUCAUUCGUAGAGCAUCUGUGGCUAUGGCAGUCAGGUUUAGCAAGUUACCACAGUACUCAGGGUUGUAACAUGCUAAGGUUUACUUUAAAAGUGCUCCGUAAACCUCUUUCAGAAGUGGAUGGGUGAAUAAGCAAGUAAUGGAACCGUAGAAGAGAUUAAAUGUUUGUUCUCAGUGGGAUAUCUUCCCAACACUGUAAAAAAUACACUAAUGGGAUUUGUGGGGUAGAGAAGAGGGACUCAAAAGGACUUUGAGGAAAAAUAAUGUAUUAAAAUUAAAGUAAAAAAGCAAAAAAGGAAAAAAUAAAGUAAAAUAAAAUACAGCAGUAUAUUCCCUUUCCUUAAGAGCUGCAAUCAAAUCACUGAGUCAAUUUGGGACAUUUAGUUAAGUAUUGUCAUCACAGACUGGCAGCUGCUGUCCAGGGUUCCACAGCUCUUUCCUAGCUAUGUCUGGUUAUGCCAAAGGAUCUAGCCUGGAGCCUUUCCCCAAUUUGUCGUCCUCAGCCCCCCCCCCUUUUUUUUGGCAGGACAGAGAUGGUACUAUGGCGCUACCAUGGCUUAUCAAACCACUGCUCCCUCUAGCCUACAAAAUGUCAUCCUUGGCUGGCAGGGUAAAAGCUAUUUCACAGCCCUGCCAUGACCAGGGCCCCUUGAAGCUGGAACUGUAAAGGAUUGAACAUGGGACCCGUCUACAUGUACAGAAGGCAUUGUGCCCUUGGGCCACGACCUUUCCCCUAAAGUAGCUGUGAGCCAAAUUUGUCCGUCAGGACAAUGCACGGUGAGAACAUCUAUUCAUGGAAUAAUUUUUGCCCGGUAUCUGUGGCGUAAGAGAGACAUAAGCAUUGCCUGCAAAUGGGAAAGAGGCAUCUCCUAGGAAUACAUAGGCAGGCGUGAGUAGCUGUCUGUCUGCAAUUUGUUGCAGUCCUGACAGGGUCUGUUUUAUGUCCUAUCAUUUGGGUGGCAGACGCAAAUGUGUUACCAAACCAACUCUGCAUUUCAUCAACUUCAGUAUCCGGUUUCUGACAACGGUAGCUUACUCCCAAGAAGCUGAUGUCUAACCCUUUUUUUAAUUCUCCAAGGUGUUUUUUUUUUUAAAGUUUUUAAAAUGCUUUAACCUGCUGCUUUUAACUGCUGAUCCUACUUGUUUUGAGUUAGGUCUGAUUUUGUAAGGAUCUGGGCUAAUUUUGAUUAUUGUUUCUUUCUGAUGAGAGCUUCUUUGGAAACCAUUUGCUUGAAAGGCGCAGUAUCUACGUGCAUGAAACCAAAACAAACCUUUAUUUCACAGCACUGUUGAAGUCCAGCUGACAAGAUCCAGUGUACUCCUCAAGAUCUUUUACUUUACAAGGGUGGGGGAAAUACUCGUAGUAGUGCUUCUAUGCUAAUCUAAGCUGCGAACACACUUGGAACGUAUUGCCUGUGGUUCUGGCCGUCGCAACUCAAAAGGAUUAUGUAGAGCUGGGACACAGCAACUCCCCUUAAGAAGAGUUUGGAUUUGAUAUCCUGCUUUAUCACUACCCGAAGGAGUCUCAAAGCAGCUAACAAUCUCCUUUCCCUUCCUCCCCCACAACAAACAGUCUGUGAGGUGAGUGAGGCUGAGAGACUUCAGAGAAGUGUGACUAGCCCAAGGUCACCUAGCAGCUGCAUGUGUUGGAGCGGGGAAUCAAACCCAGUUCACCAGAUUACGAGUCAACUGCCCUUAACCACUACACCACACUGGCUCUCAAGGAAAGGUUCUUCUCUUAAGGAAAAGUUGCUGCGUUUGGGACUUUUUAGUUUAGAGAUAAGGCAAGUAAGAGAUGGCAUGAUACAGUUAUAAAGUUAUGCAUGGCGUAGAGAAAGUGGAUAGAGGGAAGUUUUCUCCCCCACCCUCUCUUGUAAGACUAUAAGUUGUGGGCAAUCCAAUGAAGCUGAAUGCUGUAGAUUCACAACAGAUAAAAUAAAGGUACUUACGCAUCUGGGAUAGCUCAGUCAGUAGAGCAUGAGACUCUUAACCUCAGGGUCAUGCGUUCAAUUCCCACGUUGGGCAAAAGAUUCCCACAUUGCAGGGGUGUGGGUGUGUGUGGAUUAGAUGGUCCUUUCCAAAUCUACAGUUCUAUGAUUCUAUGUAGUGUGUAGUUAAAGUAUGGAACUCACUUCCACAAGAGACAGUGAUGGCCACCAACUUCAGUGGCUUUAAAAGAGAAUUAGACAAAUACACGGAGGACGAGCCCAUCAACAGCUGCUAGCCACAGUGGCAUCAUGCAGGGAAUCACAGGUGGACCGAGUGCUGUUGUGCUCAUGUCCAGCUUGCAGGCUUCACACAGGCACCUGGUUGGCCACUGUUAACAACAGGAUGCCGGACUGGCUGGGCCACUGGCCCGACUGCACAGCCUCCUCUUACGUUCUUCUGGGCAGGCUAGUAUGGGAAAAUGUAGGCAUUGUGCUUCACUUUUCUAAACAUAUAAACAUUUACAGGCUGCGGCGCUCAAGUGCCAGCUGCUCAUUUAGAUCAUUGCAUGAUUAGCCAUGACUUCUUGCCACAGCAUCCCACUACUUUGCAAACUUUUUAAGUUGUGAGUUUUAAAAUAAGAUUUCCUUCUCUCGAGUGUCGUACUCCAUCUGUCGGAUACUGAAGAAGCAUGUCUCUGCAGUUUUAGCCAUUUAUGUUUGUUAUACUUGGCAGCUUCUGUGUGAUUCCCACUGGGUUUCCCACCCAGGCAAACAUACAGGGGCUGGGCCUACUUAGCUCCAGAAGCAGAAUGACAUCAAUGCAGCACCACCACCAUCUUUGCAGGUUUAAUGUCUGCGUAGCCAGAAAGUAAUGCCCCCACUCCUCUCUCUGCAAAGCAGCAAUACAAUGCAUCCAGCUACUAUGAACAUAAAGCUUUUCUCUAGCUGGCCUGAUGGGUGGAGGACUCCAUAUUACAGUUGAAGGUCUUCUCUUAAGCUUCUCUUUAGGAACUUGCAGUGGGGAUCAAGUUUGUCUCCUGCCUUAUGUCAUUCCACAGAAGUGUUACGAAACAAAUCUAGAUGUCAAGAUCAAAUUUAAUAAAAAGCAGCCUUCUGGUUUUGAGAUUAACAUGUUUGCCAAUUAAAACCACCCAAAAUAAAAUGGCAGAAAUGACUGAACACAUGGUAGAGACGAAAGAAAAGAGGACAAGGGGUUUUCCUAGCAAAUCAAAGUGCUUUAUUUUAUAAAGCCUUACUCAUGUCUGGAAUGUGCUUUUAGAACUAGGAGGUACAAAGUGAGUUGUCCUCACCCUCUCUGAGCAGUUUAACAGUAAUGAGUGACAAAGACUGUUACAGGGGGAGAAAAAGAUGUAAUUAAUUCUAAAAAAAACAGCAUAUGUUAAUUGGCCACAAUGGAAUAUUUACUCUUUUAUUGUAACGUGUACCUCCUGUCAGUGCCCUCCUAUUAGUUCCUUUACAUUCUCACCAUACCUUAGAAACCACUGUUUAUCGUAUGAAAUAAAACAUUCAUGUCGUGCCAGAGGAAGUGUGGAUGUAUGAAGGAAGAAAUAAAUCAAGCCAAGCCACAAUUAUCAAUUAUCAAUUUAAAUACAUAAAAUGCACGAUUGUACGCAUACUAGCACAAAACUUUUAGCAUCACUAGAAGGGGCAAGGCAAAAGCAUUCAGGAUAGCCUUGUAUCCUGGAGAUGGGCUACAGGAACUGGGCCGACAUGGUGGGGUGGGUAUGAGAAAAACCUGACCUAUACUUCUCAUAGACAUGCUUCUGCCUGCUAGGAGUGAGACUUGGGUCUGCUGUGGCUUCUAAUAAGCCUGUUACCUUGUCAGAUAACUAAGGUGGCAGAAUUGUGGACCACAGCAUUCCCUUAGGAAGGGAGUUAAGCUCCCAUUGCCCAUGAAGACUUCAAGCACCAGGGUAGAUCAACUCUAAGCUUUAUUUAGGCUCCUCAGUCCCUUACCAGCAUUUUGAAUAAAACUUGCAGACAGGUCAACAUAUUUGAUAACAUGGCAUUCUACCAUAUAGAUGUAACUAAUCACAUACGGAAUAUAACCCUUGCAUUUGGAUUUCUGUCCAAAACAGGCAUAAAAAGGACUGGGCCAUCCUUAGGAGUUGCAUGCAGCCCUGUGUAUCUUCUCAGGUGAUCCUGAAAUCCUGAACGCCUUUGCCGCAGGAAGAACUCUAGGAUUGGUAAGUCUUGCAAUAAGCUUUUUUGUCUGUCUAUAACUCUGUGUUAAGAUAGGUCUGGAGGACAGAGUGUGCUACUGCAGCAAAUACUAGUUUGCAUCUUUAAGACUACUGAGAGAUAGAAUAGCAAAGUACGGUAUUUGCAAAAAUACUGUGUGAGCAGAGACAGAAACAUGGGAACCAGUGUAAAUGCAGGACUCCCAACUAUAGGCCCCAUAAGGCAAAAAACAGACGAGCUGAAGCUGUAGAGACCAAAGUCAAUUUAUGUGCUGUGUUUGCACAAAGAAGUACGCAGAGAGAGCUUGGGGUGUGGUGGUGGAAGAGAGGUUUUGUAUUCAACUUUAUCUGUUCUUAGCAUUUUCCUCCAUCCUAUGCCCAGAUGCCAUAAGGGCAAAAUAUUUAUCUUUGAGCAUGGGAGCAGAUAACAUCUUGCCCAAGUAGAGACUGAACAAGGAGAAGAGGAACUCCAAGAAGGGAAAUUGGUUGUGCAUUUUAUGUAAAUAAUUAUGGACUAACCAGACAGCACUAAGAUUGCAACCUAGUUUCAGAAGGUACAUUAUUUCUGGCAGAAAGUCAAGAGCUCUGCUCAUGGUGAGAAUGGUGAAUGAAUGGCAAAGUUACAAUCCUGCUUGUUACAGCAAUGGGUUGGAAAUAAAGGAGUGCAUUUUGGACUAUAGCUGCUAUCAGACCCAUUCAGGGAUAAUGGGAAUUAUAACCAGUGCUUUUUUUUGUAGAAAAAAAGAUGCCGAUACUCACCAUGAAGUUGUUAAAGUGCCACACUUUUAACAUUUGGGGAAAAAAGGUACUGGUACAGUCGUACCUUGGUUGUCAAACACCUUGGUACUUGUACAUUUUGGCUCCCAAACGAUCGAAACUCAGAAGUAAGUGUUCCAGUUUUUGAACUUUUUUUGGAAGUCAAACGUACGAUGCGGCUUCCGCUAUUGUUUCCGGCGCGCCUGCGCAAUCAGAAGCUGUGCCUUGGUUUCCAAAUGUUUCAGAAGUUGGACGGACUUCCGGAAUGCAUUCUGUUCGAAAACCAAGGUACGACUGUACUGUGUACCCUUAAGUACCUCCAGAAAAAGCACUGGUUAUAACCCAAACAUCUGGAGAACAUCUGGAUGGAGAAGGCUAGUCUACGGAGAAUCCAGCUGUGCCACAGAUGAGGUUAAGCAAGAAAUACUGGUGCAACCCUAUCAAUGAGACUAGGAACAAUUAUUAUAGAAAGAGGCACUUGGUAGAUCAAGAACAUGUUUUGAGAGUGUCAGGGUAACAAUGUCUAAAGAAAACAGUGUAUAGAUAUAGAAAUGGUGGAGUCAGUCCAAGAUACAACCUUCACCCAUAAACAGACAUUGACCUAGAACUGAUUUUUCAGUUAGAUGGAAUGUACAAAAUACUCAUUUACAGAAUAGUUGGCAAAUGAAUGGCUCCAGAGGAACAGCUCCAAACUGGAUCUGUAUUUAAAAUUGGAGAAAAUUAAGCAAGAGGGAGAAGUGGGUAAGUUGUAGAAAAUGGCAGAAAGACAAAGCAAGGAAGUGGCAAGAGAUGAGACCAAUAUGCUCAUGUUUGGGCCAGCAGGGGAAAAAGAAACAAAAAGAUACAAAGCUUUGUGAAUAUGAAUCGGUAAAAAAAAAAAAAAAAGGAAAUACAUUGGCCUGGUUCACACAUGAUGGUAAGCCAAACUAUGACUAACUGGGAGCACACAAAGAUGCUGGGCCUCAGAGAGGAGCUCACACCUACUUUGCUCCAUUCUCCGUCCUUUCAGCACAGUGUGGCACAGAAGGAAACAGAUACUUUUGGCUUAGUGUGACAUUCAGAGACUCCAGACCACAUUGGAUGAUCUCUAACCAUAGACAACCUGUGACUAUAGGCCAUGGUUAAGGAAGAGAUACCGUAUUUUUCGCUCUAUAAGACGCACCUAGUUUUUGGAAGACGAAAACAAGAAAAAAAUAUUCUGAAUCUCAGAAGCCAGAACAGCAAGAGGGAUUGCUGCGCAGUGAAAGCAGCAAUCCCUCUUGCUCUUUCUGGCUUCUGGGAUAGCUGCGCAGCCUGCACUCGCUCCAUAAGACGCACACACAUUUCCCCUUACUUUUUAGGAGGGAAAAAGUGAGUCUUAUAGAGCAAAAAAUAUGGUAUCUUGACCAUGAUUCUAGGUUCAGACAACAAACUAAGAUCCCAUCUCUACGAUAUCCUUAAGACAGUAUGAUACCACUUUAAACAGCUGUGGCUCCCCAAAAGAAUCCUAGGAAGUGUAGUAUGUUGUGGGUGCAGGGAGUUGUUAGGAGACCCCCUGGUCCGCUCAUCAAGCUGCAGUUCUCAGUCAUUUAACAGUCAAUCCCCCCUUCCCAGGAAACUCAGAAUUUAAAUGCAUAGUGAGGAUGGGGCCUAAGCCAAAUCUUACUUUAGUUGUUACCCCAAGCAAAACGGACUGGGAAACAGCAAAAGGGGUGCAAGGUCCCCUCCAGAUGCCAGCAUAUUUGCGCAGGUCUGGCAAAUCAUAUUUUGGUUUAGUGUGGCGUACAAACAAGGAUGCUACACAAUGUUUAUCAUGUUUGGAAGCAACUAAGUAACACUUGUGUUGCUUGUGGCACCCGAGAGAAAAGGGAGAAAAGCAACAUGCUGUUAGGACUAGCAAGGUACCUCUGUUGCCCUAGCUGCACACUCAGGCACAGGAUACAAGGCAGCAAAUUGCAAUGCAGGUCAUUAAGGAAGAUCUGCUGGGAAACCUGCUAGCACAGGGUUGGGGUGGUGAGAAUUGUUUAUAAUAGCACAACAAGUGAAGAGACACAUCUAGCGGCACAGUAGAAAUUAGUUAAGUUUAUUUAUAAUCCUGAAAAGUCACUGGUGGUAGCAUUUGUUGUGACAGUCCACCCAAGUAUACAGUAUAUAUAAUACAUCCAAUCGUACCAAUAGAGAUUCAGGUGAGAAAAGAGAUGGCCAUUUAUUUGGUGAAGCAUUUUCCUUAGACUCUUCAGCUAGGUGGAGCUCUAUAAACUUACAAUGGUGCGCCGUCCAUUUGGGGGUUACGUUUGCAGUGACUGGGAAUUUCAGAGACUAUUACGUCACAAAACAGAAAAUGAAACCCAAAAAAAGAUUUGUUCAAAGUAAUGUCUCUCAAGGGUAGUAGGACGUGUGUGGAAAGUGCAUGACCUACCCCUUGUCAACGACUUGACAACCAUUCCUUGCAUCAACCUGAAAAGUGUUUUUGUAAUCUAUCCCAAACUGGAGCCUCAGUAAGACAGAAGCUACAGCUAUUCCAAGAUGUUGGACAAACUACGGUUACUAAAGAAAUUUGCCAUCCAGAUUUGGAACAGCUGACUUUUAAAGAGGGGGUACCGCCAUCUGCAUUGAGGAACAGUGUCGUGGGGCAGGAUAGCUGAAAAUAAUGCCAACAUAGGUCACAUCUGGCAACCAAUGUGCCCCUUUCGUAUCAGAUAGUACAUGGGGUAGAUGAGUCUAAAAAGCCUGGGUCACAAAUUUUCACAUCCCUCUAGCUGCUAUGAUCAAACUACGCCUCCUGGUGUAUAUAUUUUUCUCUAGGCGGCUUAUGGGCAUUAUUUUCAGCUCUCCUACCCCACUACAGUAACGAGUUGGUCAUUAACAUUAUAAAUAUAUCAAAGGGGAAGGAAAACUCAGGUGGUGAGAAACCGAUGUGGGGCUGUGCCUUUUGCCUCGCAGUCACUAAUAGCUUGGCUGGGAAGUAUGCCCAAACAGCAGGAGGGAAAGGAGACAACAGCACUGAUGAGAUGCAACAUAGGAAGCUGCCUUAUAUUGAGCCAGGCCGCUGGUCCAUCUAGCUCAGUACUGUCUACACGGACUGGCAGACGCUCUCCAGGGUUUCAGACAUCUUUCCCAGAGAUGGUAGGGAUUGGACUGAAGACCUUUUGCGGGCAGAGUGGGUGUUCCAACACUUAGUUAUGGACCUCUCCCCACACACAAAGGGAGAGUUGCCAAAAAGGAUCAGCAGUUUGGGUUAACUUAUUGUGGAUAGAAGGUCUUAAAAGGUCAGUGUAAAUCUCAACAUCCAUCUGUUUUCGCAUAGCAACAGGGCCUUUUAAAGCGUCCAAGAAUGUUGUGGGUCAAAAGCAAGAGGGAAGGAGAUUGCUUUUAAUAACUGAGAAUCCCAUCACUCUUUAAGAUUCAUUAUCUUCGGUGGGAAAAUAAAACCGAAUUAGAUAAGUUUUUUAAAAAGGUAACAUAGCCUUGGAUAGCUCAGUUGGUAGAGCAAUGAGACUCUUAAUCUCAGGGUCUGGGGGGUGUUGAACCCCAUGUUGGGCAAAAGAUUCCUGCAUUUCAGGAGGUUGGACUUGCAGUCCCUUCUAAUUCUAUGAUCACAGCCCUGUUGAAAUAUUGUACAGUGUAACAAGGAUAUAUUGCCUUUGGCUGCAUGAGAGCAAGAUCAGCUUAUGUUUUAUCAGAGUUCUCUGAAGCCAACUAUACAUAUUUAUGCUCAGCUGCAAGCUUAACAGAACUGGCAUUAAGUAAGUGGAAAAGGCAACCUGGAAUUUGUGGAACAAGCUUUACGUUGCAGAGUGGGAGAGAGAGAGAGUGGUUUAUUUUUUGAGUUGCCCAUGAAUGUCUGUUUCAACAUAUAAUUUUUUUAAAGGCACAAUUUUAGCACAGUGUAAUAAGUAGAGAAUAGUAGUUUUAAGCAUAUCUAAUUCUGACGUCCUCAAAGUUUGGAACCUCCCCCCCCCCCCCCAGUGAUCUGAGGUUUUUCAAAACAGGUUAUAGGCGACAACAUAAUUUUAGGCAAAUCAAUUAACACAGCAUUGUUUGGAGCAACAGAGCUAAUUAGGUAAUAAAAAUGCCAUAUAAAAUAACCUCAAAACAACCUGUCACCAUGGACUGCAAAAAUAUUUUCUAUCAUGGAGGUGAAUUGAAUAUCCAUUUGGGUACAUUACUGCAUAUUAUACUUCAAGAAAUUACUUCAUCUGUACUGCAAAAUAACUUUACAUGUAAACUUCAGAUUCACAUACUGUGACAUACUCAAAGCAUCCCUGUUUUCCUAUUAAUGUAAACAGUAAAAUUUAGGGCUUAAAAAAAGAAUAUUUUAAUAAAAUAUUAAAAACAGCACAAUGUAAGCAUUUAAAUGUCUCGGUUUUGAUCAGUUACAGGUGAACAGACUUUCCUAUUCCUUUGUUCAUGUGGUGGAAAAUGCUAUUAUUGCCCAAAAUGAUUAAUUUCUUCCAAAAAAGCAUCAUUGAUUUCCUUUGUAGUACACUCAGCUCCUAUACGAUAAACAUACAGUGUAAAAUCUUCAUGUAACAUGAUAAUUAAACAGUCUUAAUGUUCCUGCUCCACCUCCCUCAAAAUAUGUCUACCCUUGGCAAAGAACACACAGCAUGAUUAUGACAUUAGAUUUUGGUAAAACAAGAGCCAGACCUCUGAAUUGCUGGAAGACUUAUUUCCUGUUGCAAUGGGCCAAUUUAAUUAAAUGAAAAAGGUGCCAACAGGAAAGCUUCCGGCAUAAGGAGCUUAUGAUGUUUCUAUUUUCAAAGAGUGCCAACAUGCAGGGUAGUUAAGUGUAACAUUUGCAGUAAGGUCCUAGUCAUCAUCGCCACCAAAUACUGUCUUGCACCUCUCAGCUCAAAACGUAAACUGAUCCACAGUUUAGUUUCGACACCAAUAUUGUAGAACUUAACAUGCAUAUAAUGCCUUCCUCCCCACCCACCUCUAACCAUUCAUUCCAGCUCAGCUAGUAUUCACGGAGUGUUGUUGCAAUGCACACCGAGUAAGAAGCUGAUCUAUUUUAGUUAUUAUUAGUUAAUUUAUAUUUGUUUCUGCACACACUCACACGCACGCACACACGCAUCAGAAAUAGCUAGAACUAUGCUGGGCAUAAAUCAGGCAGCUGUUAAAGCGAGUAUUUCACCCCAGUCAGUCAUCUUUGCCAGCAGAUGUAAACAAGGGGGCUGCCUUCUGCAAGAUAGCACUUUGAGAGUUCCUUUUAAAAGAAGCUUUUUAUCCCUUACACACUUGUAGCCAUUGCUGCUGUUCCCAGACCUUGUAUCUGUCCAAUGGAACAUUAGGUUACGUCAAGAUGUUGGCAAUAAAGUCCAAGAACCGCUUUGAAUACUGUUCGGGAUUCACUGUUGAAAUCUCUGCACCAGCCUGAAAAAGCAAGACGCAGCUUAAGAACAAUUGGCUUGUUGUGGCAGGAGAUGCGUUCAUGAUGUCCAUGUCACAAAACACACACUAUGGUAAUAACCAUGGUAUUAAGGAGGAGGACAGCAAAAGUAAAAAUCCAGACAUUGCCCUAAAACAAAGCACGCUGGGGGAGUGCCAGUGCCUUGCAAGUGAUGACUCUUGAAGUUGUGCUACCCAGUCAUCCAAGCCCCUCCUACCUCUCUGACUCUUUUCCAGCUUGAUUCAUAGUUAUCUUUGUCCAGAGCUUUGCCUUUUACUUUCAGGUUUCUUUUCUGCCAUCCUUUCUUCCUCCCACCCUCCCUUCCAUAUCACCAUUCUUGUCUGCCCUCUCCCCAAUAUUUUCUUCAAAAUGGCGCCCCUGAGCAGCAGUUUAUGUUUGUGUGAACUCAAUAUUAUGUGAUCUCCCCAAUCAGUACCAGCAAGUCAUGACUGACUUCCCAUGGUAAGCAUAAGGCUGUUGGGGGGCAGUGGUGGCAGAGGGUGGCUGUAUCUCUAAAUUCAUGUUAUCUGAGAAAUGCCGCAGGUGUGACUGGCUCCUCCAGCAUGAACUCAAAAUUCGCAAUGUGGCCACUUGUCUAAAAAUGCUGGUGAUCUCUAAUGUUGAACUAGGGCUGGGCGAUAUCUUGGUAUAUGAUCCAAAACCAGAAUGCGGCAGCUAGACUGGUGACUGGGAGCGGCCGCCAGGAUCACAUAACACUGGUCCUGAGAGAUCUUCAUUGAAUUGUGCUCGGAAACGUACUGGGAGCCAAAGUGUUGGUGCUGACCUUUAAAGCCCUAAAUGGCCUUGGCCCAGUAUACCUGAAGGAGCAUCUCCACCCCCAUCGUUCAGCUCGGACACUGAGAUCCAGCGGCGAGGGCCUUCUGGUGGUUCCCUCAUUGCGAGAAGUGAGGUUACAGGGAACCAGACAAGAGGGCCUUCUCAGUAGUGGCACCUGCCCUGUGGAAUGCCCUCCCACCAGAUGUGAAGGAAAUAAGAAGCUAUCUUAUCUUUAAAAGACAUCUGAAGGCAGCCCUGUUUAGGGAAUAUUUAAUAUUUAAUGCUGUAUUGUUUUUAACACUCGAUUGGAAGCUGCCCAAAGUGGCUGGGGAAACUCAGCCAGAUGGGCGGGGUAUAAAUAAUAAAUAAUAAUAAUAAUUAUACUGGUUUUGAAGUCCAUAUCAUGCUAUUGGUUUUAUAAUUUUUGACCUGGCAAAAUAUCACAAAUCAUGAUGUGUGUGUGAGAGAGAGCACACUAUGCAAAAAUCACAGUGUGGGAAAAACUGUGAAGCCAGCCUCUGUAUAGCUCCAUCCUUAUUUCAGACAUUGUGAUAUCUCAGUAUAUCACGGUGUUUAGCUGGUGAUACAUUGCGAAGUUGAAAACCAGGUAUUGCCCAGCCCUUACGUGAACAUAACUGACUAAGUUGGAAUAUAUACAUCAAUGAAACUUACGCCGUGUUUGACGGUUUUUGCAGCAUGGGCAGCUUUCUUUUUUGCAUCGUAAUGAGUAAGAAUAUCAAUGAUUGCCAUAAAGUAUACCUCCUUCCUGGGUGCAUCUGUGAAAGAAAUUCAUAGUACUGAAAAUAAUACACAUAUUUGUAGCCAAGAGAUUAAGCAACUCUGCGGAAGCAAGUUGGAAGUUAUUCUGGUGGUAGACCUUUGCCCCUCUAAUAGUGUCUUAAAAACCAUAUGUCAAAGAGCACAUGUGAGUCCUAGAAAUCUUUUCACUCUUUGGUAAUUGAUUAAGGGGUAAGAAAGAUAGAUAACACUUAUCAGUGGAGAGAGAGGGGAAAGUGUGGGUGCACUUUGCUGCAAUUGCAAGCAAGCACAAUUAAAGUGACUGCAGAAUUAAAACUUCCACACCAUAACUUGCAGUUUUCAAGUUUUUUGAUGAAUGAGUGAAUUUGUAAGGACCUUAACACUUUGCUUAAAUAUUUUAAAUUUGCUUUUGAAUAUUUUUUUAACACAUUUAUAAACCGCUUCAUAGCCUGAGGUCAUCAAGGUGACCUACAAGAAUAUUUAAAAAAUGAGAUAAAAUGCUCAUUUUUUAAUCUUCCACGUAUAUAGACUAGAAGAAAAAAAUCUGUAGUACCAUGAUGAGUUUUUGCCACCACUUAAAACCUCGUCUUUUCACCCUGUCCUUUGGCUGAAUUCUCACUCCCACACUUUUCAAUUUUAUUUGUAGUAAGUGCUGCGGGUUGUUUGAUGGGGAUUUUAAGUGUGUAGUAAGAUUUCAACUUGUUUAAAAUGUUUUAAUUGUUGUUCUAUAUCAGCUUUGGUAGGUAUAUUGCCCACAGCACAAUGUAAAAAUCUAAACAGAGAACCUCUGUUUCUUUUGUCAAGCAAGGUGUAUUUGCCAGUGUAAAGAACUGUCCAAUGUCUGUGCAGUCAUUAUCCAAGACACCAGCUCAGAAUCUCUAUCUUUCUGUAGCAUUUAGCAAUAUAGCUGGCUAAUGCAGUAUUGCAGUCAUUUAUAAGUGAACUGCUUUUACUGUAUUCAGACAAUACCUAAUAAUGACAUGUAUCAGAGCCAUGUGUUGAAGAUCCCUUACCCACCUCCAAAAAGUUUUUAAAAUCCUACUAUAGAUGAGCAAUUGAUAAUUGGGCAUCAUGCUUUUUUGCUUUGGUGGGAGUUUUCUUUCCUUCUAGAGACUCGGAAACUGAUGCAAGAAUUGAAAUCUCCCCCAUGUCUAAAUAUACUUACUUUCAUGGCAUUUUAUUCCAUAAACAUCAAUGGUUGGAUCGAAUUCUCCUGGAGCUAAAGGCUGCAAGCUGUUGAGUGUAUUUCCUGGGCUAUCUGGAGGCGUUCCAACAGGAUGAGCCCCAUCGCUUUCGCCUUCCUCUUCAUCGUUCUCUUCGUAUUCAACCUCCUCCUGUUCCGCUCUCUCAACAUCAUGAAUUCCAACCAGCAAGCUGUAGUCCAUGAGUUUCAACUGAGCAAGGAACUUUGAAGGCAACAAUAAAAGAAGGUCAGUUACCAAGGGGUAGAAAAUCCCAAGAUCCAGUUGGGUGGGGGUGGGAAAAGGUAACUAUUUUCUACUGCAACAGGCUUACUUGAGUGAAAGCCAAAAUAGGAAGCUUCAGUGGAAAACAAGUGGGAUUCUUCAAGUCUGAUAUAUUUUAUGCAUGGCACAAAAGGAGAAACACGACAGUUUCCCUAACUAUAAUUUGGAUUUGAGGUUUUAUUUUUUGCUUUGAGAAGUCGAGCAGAACGUUGCUUAAGAGAACUUUCUACCUCUUACAUAUUGCUAGAACUAGGAAACCAGCCAAUGAAAUUGACUGGCAGCAGAUUCUGGACAGACGAAAGCAAACAAUUCUUCACACAACUCACAAUUUAGUGACAGAAUGAGUGUAUGGAUGGUCACUAGCUCAGGUAAAAUCCAUCCAUCAAUUGAUGGCUAAAUAGAACCUCCCUAUCCAGAAGCAGUAUGAUGGGUCACAGCAGUGGAGAAGAUUGUUUCCUCCAUGCCUUUUGUAGGCUUUUCAGCAGGCUAUUGGUUUGUCUCUGUGGGAUACUGAAUGCUCUGGCUAACAGGACUUAGAUAUUGUAGUCAUUUAUAAGUGAAUUUUCCUUAGUAGGAAAAUUCUUGUAAUCACCAUGUCUGAAACUUGCAGAAUUCACUAACCAUUGUUUAAAAGCAAAAUAGUAUGGAACUAAUGUAUUUGUACCUAAAUGUCGGUGAGACACAUGGCUUCAUUUCCCACAAGCUCCAAUGAUCCCACUGUUUGCAUAUGUACACAAGGGGGAUGCCAUACAGUGACCACAGCUUCUGUACAGGAGUCUGCAAAACUGCAUCCUAGUGUGCCUAAGGCUCUGAACACAUGAUCUGUACCCUGCAACUAGAUCAUGCACUCAAAGCCUAUAUAUCCCGCUCCAAGAGUACAUUCUACCUGGACCAUGUGCAUGAACAGUGACUGGGUGGGGGCAAAAUUGAACUGGUGAAGCAAGGCAGAAGAGCCAAAUUUAUGCUGCUUUAAGAAAUGCUUUGUUACAUGACAACUUUCAAUAAAAGAAUGCCAGCUGCAAGGAAAACAGAUUUGGCAGAUCAGUGUGGAGAGUACAUCCUCAGUCUAUGUAAUGUUCAUCAUGUGCAUUGCUUGAUUUACUUAAAAAAAACCCCAAAACUAAUAGGUAAGGUGAGGGGAUGCAGAAGGGGGCUUUUAACCCUUUGCUCCUGCCACUGUCCAACCCUCCCUUUCAAUUUGCCAUGUUGCAACUAGUUUGAUCCUUAAAGACAAGGCUGCAGCAGUGCAAUAAUUUGAUAUACAUUAGACGGCUGCCAUGAAGGCUUGUUAAGCAUCUUAGCCCCAUCCCAGCUGCAUGCAACUGAAAAGCCACACUGAAUAAUCAAGCAAACUCAGAAGCUGAGUGCAGAGUUUCCAGAAGAACUGGACUCUAAGGAAGCAAAGCCGUGAUUCAGAGAGUCCCUGCUAUAAACAUAAAUCAAAGAUUAAAACUGAUUUGAAACUGAAUUACAUUCAACUAAAUAUAUUGGGGUAAAUUUAAGUAUUUUGUGAGCACAGUUACUGCUCUUAGCAUGCCCUCCCCCCAAAAAAUAAGAAUGUGAAAGAUAAAACCAAGAUUCAAUUCUAGUUUUCCAUUAUCACCGUGGCAUGCCAAACCACUACACAAUAAUUGCCUACAUACACAAUUUAAUGAUCCUUCAAUAUGAAUUCUAAUCAAUGCCACAGAAGCCACUCCAAACACAAUUACAUGACUGACCUUCCAAGAAUCUGUCAUACUUAAAAUAGCAGAAAAUGCAAUUUUACCCCUAUUUCAGAGGCACAUCAAGUGUUUACGGAGCAUUUUAACAGUUCAAGAUGCAGUGCCAUGAAUAUUAAAAGCAACAGAAGCAACAUUUGUGCUUUUCCCCCUGAUGCUAGUUUACACCACCAGCUUAAGGGAAGUACUAGCCUGCCUCAGCCUCAGCAUUCCUACCAUGGCUCUAAUCCCCCUUUAUCUCCUCGUUUCAGGGGUUUCCAACCUUUUUGACCCAGUGGAUGCAUUUUGAACUUUGAGAAAGUGCCAUGAGCACCAGUCAUGAAAUGGACCUGCAGAGUCAUGGCACACCAUAAAAUGACUGCUGUGGGGCUUUCGUGCAAUGGCUGCCACAUCUAAGAGAGCAGAAAAAGAGACAGAAUCAUGAAUUGGUGCAGGCAUGCCACCCCAUCGAGGGGGGAGGAAAGGCACCUAUAUCAGGAAUUUUCAUUGAUAGCUUUUGUGGGUACCAUGAGAAGAACUGGCAUCCCUGAACAUUGGAUGGGUGCCCUCCGUAACAAAUUGUUCUCAUGAAAAAACACCAGCAAAAUCCCUGUUACAAUCGGGAGGACAAAUAAUUUACCGGUCACUAUAACAUUUAUUUGCAGUAUUUUGCAAUAUUGAAUUGGUGGGGUAAAUCUGCCUUGGAGGUCUCACUACAAUAGUCACUAUGGCUUUUGCUAAGUGUGAUGAGCUUCAGAGCUGACCAGGCAAGCAGCCCCUUACCUCAACAUCCUUUUUAAGCUUUUCAAGGAACAUCUUUUUGUUCGUUUCAUCAAUAUAAAUCUUCUGGCCAUCGUUGAUGAAGUCGUUGUCUUUGAAUGUCGGCAGUUCUUUGGCCUGAAAUGGACAAGAGAAAGCUGGCACAUAAAAACCGUUUCAAAACAAUGAGCCCAGUGAAACAAGCAAUGAAAACAAGGAAUUUCCUGAUCAAAAGCGCAAGGGAGUAUUUCAGAGCUAUCCAAAAUGUGAAUAGCCACAAGGGGGCACAAAUGAGCUACGGCUCCAGUGCACACAAGUAAUGAUUCUAAAUGUAAGGAACAGAGCAUCGUAUUUUCCCAUUUAAUUGAGACCUUGUUUGCUUUUAUGACCGAUUUGAUUAAGUUAAGCCAUUUUAGAGUAUUUACAGUAAAAAAGGAAACGUGUUGCUCAUCUGCAAGGCCAGCCUUCACCUUGUCAAUAGUCGUUGCACACACAUCUGUUUUGUCAGAAGUCUAGCAGAAGAAAUAGUGUGGGGCUCAGCUGCACUCUCCAUCAAAACGCCCCACAAAUGCUGCACAUCCAAAGGGCCCAAUUCUGAUACUCUGCUCCCCAAUUAACUAUGGUAUAGGGCAGUGCCAGAUUUACGAAAAAGUAAUCAAGCUAUAGCUUAGGGCCCCACUCUCUUGGGGCCCCCCAAAAAAUUUAAAGGAAAAAAAACUGGAUGUACACUUCCAAAAGAUAAAAAACAAAUAAAUAAAACCUACAUACAGCAACAGUAUUUUGUGUUGUGUAGGCUCCUAUGAUGUAAGUAAUGGGCCCCGCCUGCUAUAUAAAGAGCCCCAUUACCUUCAGUAACUUAGGGCCUCAUCAAACCUAAAUCCAGCCCCGGUAUAGGGAGAUCAGGAGCAGGUGUCAUGAAUCAUGUGCUUCCUCACCACUGCCACCACACACAGCACUGGGAGAAGCCACACUUCCACCCCUGAUGUCAGAAGUCUGUGGGUCCUCAGAUGAUGUUGAACUACAACUCCCAUCACCCCUAGCUAGCAAGGCCAGAUGAUGGGAGUUGUAGUCCAACAUCAUCUGGGGACCCACAGGUUGAGAACCGCUGCCCUAAGACAUGGGUAGGCAAACUAAGGCCUGGGGGCCGGAUCCGGUUCAGUCGCCUUCUAAAUCUGGCCUGCGGGCGGUACAGGAAUCAGCAUGUUUUUACAUGAGUAGAAUGUGUCCUUUUAUUUAAAAUACGUCUCUGGGUUGCUUGUGGGGCCUGCCAGGUAUUUUUACAUGAGUAGAAUGCGUCCUUUUAUUAAAAAUGCACCUCUGGGUUAUUUGUGGAGCAUAGGAAUUCGUUCUUUUUUUCUUUCAAAAUAUGGUCCAGCCCCCCACAAGGUCUGAGGGACAGUGGACUGACCCCCUGCUGAAAAAGUUUGCUGACCCCUGCCCUAAGAGAUAUCUGGCUAAAGCAUGUUGGAUUGAAUAGCUGUACUAUGCCCAAGGUUAGUCAAAAAGUUAAAGGCAUGCUAGGUAGCUUUCCAACUUGUUUUCUAGGUAUGCCAAUUUAAGACAUACAUACAAGUUAAUGUGAAGCUUCAGUGGCCUGGUUCACUGCUUUGCUCCUCCUAAGCCCUUUUUUUAUUCCCAUACUGCGCUGAGCUAAGCCCAGAUUUGGCUUAGUGUUUCAGCCAAAAAUGGCUUUGUGGUGAAGCUCUCCUCAAUGAACCACAAGCUGUAGCCAAUGUUUAUGUGAACCAGGUCACUGUAACAAAGACAAAGCAUUUUUGUGCAAGGUAUUUUUAGCUAAAACUUCUGGAAAGGUGACUGGGUAGAGGGCAGCACACGCUUAUUUCUUCACACUUCUAUACAGGGAUAUGUGUAAAUUGGUCCUUAACACAAAGGCAGAGGAAGCAGUAAAGGAAGGUGAAGAUGCAUUGGCAAAGGAGAAGAGAAAAAGGCAGCACAACAAGGUAAGCUGAGCAUUUCAGGCAUGGUGAUGUGAGUCUACACACACUGUCAGAAACCCUAAUCCAGACUUUGGGGCACCAACUGACUCAGGGCAUAAAAUUCCCCAUUAGCACCUAUGCACUGGUGCAGAAAAUACACCAGUGGCAGAGGGGGAUGCCAUGCAAAUACCCAACCACCAUUUUUCUUUGAGGCCAAACUCUGAACUAUGCCCAGAAGCAAAUUGGUAACCAGUCAAAUCUGCUUCUCCAAGCAGUAGCCUAGAAAUGACUACUGAGAUCCUUUUAACUCAACAGUACUGUAUGUAUUUUAAUAGUACUGUAUUAUUAUUUAUUUAAUGCUUGUAAUUCAGAAUGUGUGUAUGCUGUCUGAUUUCCUAUGCUUCUUAAUGUAUAAAUAAACAUUUGUAAUUAUUUUGAAACCAGCAUCUGUUAUUUACAGGCAGAGUGAUGGCAGAAUCAUGGUGCAUGAUUAUCACUCUUUCUCCCUUUCUUAAAAACUGAAGUUAGGCAACUUAAGGAAACAUAACCUUUGCCAUACCUUUUCCUUGUCGCUGGCUUCUCUUGCAACUGUAGACCCCUGAAACAGAAAUACUGUAUUUAAAUUGCUACUGGGGAUAAAACGGAAGGGCAUAGGUGUUCUUUUAUGCAGAAUUCCCCCAGUAGUUUCAUGGUAAGGUUUUUCACCGUAGCCCUGAUGCAAAGUUACACACACCCAGAUUACAGUAUAUGCAACAUUCAAAAGCAAUUAAAAAUGUCUGCAAUUUUAAAAACAGGGAUACAGUGACCGAAGCUUUGAGGACAGCAUGUCCAAUUGCAACAUAGAACUCUUGCCAGAUGACACCAUGAAAAAAAAAGUAACAGGCAGUUGACCAUCUUUGAUUUGAGCUGUUUGACAGGGGAAUGGUCUCCCUUGGGAGGUUGUGGACUCUCAUUCACUGGAGGUUUUUAAGCAGAGUUUGGAUGGCCAUCUGUCAUGGAUGCUGUAGUUGAGAUUCCUGCAUUGCAGGUUGUUGCAGCAGAUGACCCCCUUGAAGUCCCUUCCAACUCUGCAAUUUUAUGAAUCUAUGAUUGGACUUGUCAAUUGACGAGCAUAUCAGCCCUGCCAAAUACCAACUUUUGCAGCUAGUGAGACAAGUUUAAAAUUUUGAAUUGGUGUACAAUGUACAUAUAAUUGAAUUUGUAGGAACCGAGGAGGCCUGAUGUUUGGGAGUAUUAAUGUUAGCUGCAUGCCACUCUUGGCAGGUAGCAGAACUGACAGGCAGUAAUUUUGUUGUCUCCAGAAAACCAUUUAUACUAACGUAAGGGAGAAGGCAUUGGGUGCGCUACAGCCAAAAGGGGGUGAAAGAAUUAUGUUGUCAUUCAAAAUAAGCUAGGCCAGCAAACACGUCUAUUUAAGCCAAGAGAACGUAGAUUGUUUGCAUUCUGGAUUUUGAGUUCUCAAGGCCACCCUACAGUUACAUUUCAGUCUGUAAGCAAAUGCAAAGGUGCAAAUCAUAUGGGAAGGUAUGCACCGGUUUCUUUUGCUAAAAGAGCAUGUAUCAGCUGGUUAAAAUAAAGUGCACCGGAGGUCAGUCAGUCUUCCUGAGAGGCCAGUUUCCAUUUGAAACAUUUUUUUUUCAGCUCGCCACGUUCCUUGCUAAGGAAACAAGACAGGAUAUGAAUAAGCUAAUCUGAGCCAGUUUGACAGCUUUAAACACACAAACAGUGCAAUCCUAUAUUUGUCUACUCAGAAACCCCAUUAAGUACAUUGGGGCUUACUCCCUUGCUAAGUGGGACUGCAGCCUAAUAUAUUUGGUCAUGGUAACAGAAAACAGAAGUUGCUUACUAGGGUUUUUGAAUCUACAAAUAUUAGCUCAACUUUUAACACAUUCUUCCUAACACCAUUAAAAUGGUUCUUUUAAUUUAUUUAUUUUUUAAAAAAAUCUGCAUGCAGACUGAUUUGUAACAGUCUACAGAAUCCAUUAAGGACAUGAGAGCUGCUUCAGCUAUUUAUUUAUUUUUUUUACCCCUCAAAUGGUUUUCACUGCAACCAUUAGCACUUAUCCACUUUUAACAAGCAUACUUCUGCUAAGCCACUUCCUUUACAGCACACAAUACAACUCAACGUUAUCUUACUUCCAUAAAAGGUCUGGGUGUUAGAUAAGCCGCAAACUAUUUCAAUAAUAAUAGCUUAACGAAAGAGUUUCCUAGACACUUUCUGGUGUACUGCUACUGAUAGCCUCUAAGAACCCACAGAAUUUUGUACCGUUUGGGGGGGAGGGGACUAUCAAGGCAGCUACUGCAAUAUUCAUAACAGAAGCCGCUCAGUGCUCACCUUUAAAUCAUAUUUUCUAUAAACAGAUAAACGGUGGCUGAAUACAUUCCUUGUAACAAUCAUAUAUACUUCGACUCCGUCAACAGUAAGCCGGUACAUUCCCAAAAACUGAGGAAGUAGUGUGUUGCCAUGACACUCCACUAUAAACUAGGAGGAAAAAAAUUAUAUUAGAACUUGACACAUACUGGUUAUUUGUUGCAGAGAUACACAGAAGUAACAAAGAUUCAGACAUACAGAUUUGAUGAGAAAAGUUAUACCACAAUGCAAACAAUUAGAAAAAAUAAUUCUAGAAGGCCCACAUUCCUUAACUGUUGGUGGGCCACGCUAUAGGGUAACUGCAGAAUUUGAAAAGGUUCUUCCACACAGAUAUGAAAAGUGAACACACAUUUCCCCCCCAUUUAGUUAGGAAUCUCUUCAAGGUGUUUCGCUAAUCCUCGUCUCUCACAAACAGUCAGAAUUCACAUAACCUAGCAAUUCCCUUCUCUACUAGUUCUCACCUCAAAUCUGCACCUCAUGAUUACACAGUUCACUUCCAGCAGGUAGAAACUAUGUACUUUCACUUCUAAGAUCUCAGCAUUCCCUCACAAAAAAGGAUGUCCGCCUUGGAGCCUGCCACCUGCAGAUAUAUGGGAGCUAUCAAAAUAGAUAUCAUGCCCCGUUCAGCUAGCAGAUAUAAACACAGUAUGCAUCAAAAAUACUUUUUGGGUUGUGUUCUUUGAAAAAAGAAACUUCUGUUAUUUCAGUUAAUGGAAGGAAGAAUUACACCCAACCAUUUAUGAGGAGCCAGAAAAGGACCUAGAUCCGCAACACCAUAUUCGGUGUUCAGCAGGUUCAUAGGGGCUUAUCAACUCCUAGUAGUAGUAUCUCCCCAACCUACCUGAAAGUCAGGGAGCAGCACCCCAAGUGAUAUAUCCUUUUUCUGUAUGCAUUCCUCUCUGGAUUUCAGUCCAUGCCUAUGACCCAGCAGAUACUUCCAUUUAUACCAAAUAGAAGUUACCUACCUAACUGUGCAAUUUUUUUCUCUGCUUUAUUUCAGUGCUUACAUUUAGAAGCCAUGCUAAACCUUGGAGCUUCUUAUUCCCCUGUUGUUUCCAGAGACCCACUGUUAACAUCAACCAUAGUUUAGAUGCAAAUGGAAUGCUAGACUGUAGUUAAUGGAAAACAGAAGCAAAAGCUUCCAACAUAUCCUUGUGGCUACACUGGUGGACAAGGGGCAGGGAAGCUCAUGAGCCUGGAGCUCCCUGAGAAUCAUUCUCAUCACACUAAACUAUGGUUUAGUGCAAAGUCCGAACUCUCCCAAGCAAAAGACACCUAGAAUUGUAUUACUAUUGAGAAUACAAUAACAUGAAUAUUGGAG